AUGGAGACCCUGCUACCACGUGCUGGAGGACCUGUCUUGAAUGUGGCUCUGGUGUUUGGAGGUUCUUUUCCACAAAUGGAGCAUGGAGGCCCUUUGCUUCCAGAAGGAUCUUUGAGUCUUCCUCUUGACAUUCACACGGUUACAGUGCUACUAAAUGACAGCGGCCCUGGACCACUUAUGCGCCAACUGUGCCUCGCACUCAGUGGUGCUCAUGGAGUUGUUUUCCAGGACAAUAUAGGCACAGAGGCAGUGGCACAAAUCCUUGACUUCAUCUCCUCUCAGACUCUUGUACCCAUUAUUAGCAUCAGUGGGGGUUCUGCUGUGGUCAUGAGCCCAAAGGUGAGAUUAAUUAGUACCAAACAUUUUAAAGGGGCAAAUGUAAUAGCAGGUGGGGUAUACUGUAUCAAGUUAAAGCAUGGGACCAUAGUAGUCACUGCAAUAAAGGUUAAUUUGUUAAUUAUGGAACUUUAUUAGAAUAUUGAUAUUCCAGAUGUUGAUGAUGAUGUUGAUGAUGAUGAUGUGGACUAGCAAUAUGGCUAUAAUAACAUUAUGGGAAAUGUAGUCAACAACAUCUGGAGUGCCAAAGAUUGUCUCCCCCUUUUUGGCCAUUAAACUAUUAUCGUGCUUUCUAGAGUUUUCCUUUAUUAUCAGUAGAUCUGAUAAAACAGAAUGCAUUUUAACCAAUGUAUUAGGGUAUUUUUUGUAUGUUGCUAUCUACAGGAACCCAGCUCCUCAUUCUUGCAGAUGGCAGCUUCAGUGGAACAGCAAAUUGCUGUAAUAUUCAAAGUGCUGGAAGAGUACAAUCUUGGUCCAUAUUCCAUCAUAAGCAGCCACUAUCCUGGUCACCAGUUGUUCCUCAGGUCCAUCCAUACUCUGUGUGAGGAACUUCAACCAGGCUGGUGUCCCCAAGAUGAGCUGACACUGGAACCAGGUUCUGGGACCCGAGGUAUACAGCAUGUGCUCAGACAAGUUUCCACCCCAGUGCUAAUACUAUUCUGUUCAAGGGAGGAGGCUCAGGAGUUGUUUUCAGUAGCAGGAGAGGUUGGACUUUUGGGGCCUGGAUACACGUGGAUUGUGCCAAGCUUUACAAUUGGGUCACCAGAACGUCCAGCUACAUUCUUCCCAGUUGGCUUGGUUAGUGUGGUGACCGAUGGCUGGAGGAGAAGCCUCUUACAGAAGGUGCAAGAUGGGGUAGCAGUUAUUGCUGCAGGUGCCAAAAACUAUUUGCAGAGCCAUGGGGAUCUUCCACAUCCUGGUGGAACCUGCUCUGACCCACAAGAAGUUCAUGGAAAUGACACUUUGUACAGGUAAUUUACAAAAUUAAAAAGAUGCAUGAAAAAACUACCACCACUUCUUUUAUUUCUCAUGCAAUUUUAUAUUUUCUUCUCUAACUGAUUUGUGUUUUGAUUAUCCCUUUUAUAUAUCUCUCCUAUAUAUUAAAAAUAUUAAUAAUGACUUAUACUAUCACUAUGUCCAAGCACUUUCGUUAUCUUUUGUACUUUUUUAAAUGUUUCCUUUCUGUUUAUAUCGGCAGGCAUAUGUUGAAUAUAGUUUGGAAAAAGCGAAAUCUGUCAUUUAAUACCCAGGGAUUCUUGUUGGAUCCACCAAUGCUAGUGAUAAUACUGACUCCACAUCGAGAAUGGGAGGAGGUGAGACAACACAUAGGUUAACUAAAUAACCACUUUGUGUCCGUUUCUAACUAGUGACCAUAUUUAGAAAGUUUCUAUGACUUUGUUCUCCUAGGUGGGCCGCUGGGAUCGUGGAAUUAUUCAGAUGAAGUACCCUGUGUGGCCAAGGUAUGGCAUAGGUCAGCAGCUUGUGACAGAUUCACGUCAUUUGACUGUAGCUACGCUUGAAGAAAGGCCAUUUGUUAUCGUUGAGAACACAGACCCAGUGACUGGGGAUUGUGUCAGGAACACCGUACCAUGCCGUAAACAAAGCAACUUAACUUUGAGGUAAAAAGGAUGUAUAGAGGGAAUUUAUGUUGAUUCAAAGAUAUUUAAUAAUUUAAUUAUUUUACUUACGUUAUAUAUAAUCCACAUCAUACAAGAACUGGUAGCAUCUUACAAUGUAUUUUUGUCCCUGUUUCCCAGUAAUACUUAAUUGUGUGGAACACCCCGAUAUAGAACCUUCCAUAUAUUUUAUCUUCCACACUUCAGCAGUUCCGGAGAACCUUACUCCAAGCUAUGCUGCAAAGGAUUUUGUAUUGACAUCUUGAAGAAAUUGGCCCGUUCUGUUAAGUUUUCAUAUGAUCUCUACCUGGUGACCAAUGGGAAGCAUGGAAAAAUUGUGCGAGGUGUGUGGAAUGGGAUGAUUGGAGAGGUGAGCUCAUGGAAAAAUAUUGAGAUAUAAAAUAGAAAAACUACUUCUUCUCAUAAUUUUUGUGGAAUUGGCGUCAUAUUCAUUCUUUACCUGAUCCUUCACCUAUUUCCCAUUCUAUCUACAUUUGUUGCACAUAACCCACUCAACCUAGUGUUCUUCUAACACUACAUUUUCUUUAUCCUUUUCUUUCUUUUUCUUGCAUCUUCCUCUCUCGCUCCCAUUUGUUACAAACCAGGUAUAUUACCAGCGUGCGCAUCUUGCUAUUGGGUCUCUCACUAUAAACGAGGAGCGCUCAGAGAUUGUAGAUUUCUCUGUUCCCUUCGUAGAGACUGGAAUAAGUGUCCUGGUAUCACGUAGCAAUGGAACAGUGUCUCCCUCUGCAUUUCUGGGUAAGACAUUUUGUAAUGUUGCUGUUGACUUUACUAUAAUAAGCAAUCAGAACCUAUUUGUCAAUUAAAUCAAUCCAUAUAAUUCUAACUGGAUAAUCACACUACUUACCUGUUCAUAGAAUGUCUUUACAAUGAAUUUAUGAGAUUGUCUUCCAAAGCAUCUUGUAUGAAUUUUACAAAUUCUACUAUUAACCUUGCAGAACUUAUGGCGAAUCCAUAAACUAUUUAUACUUUUUAUAUACUCUUAAUUUUGUUCUUUUUGUGACAAUCACGUUUGCCUGACAUUUUACUAUUGUUAACUGGUUAAAGGGAUAUGAUAGCGUUAGGAAUAUAUAUUUGUAUUAAUGUCCCUAUUUAGUUUCAGGUGCCUCACACCACCAGCUAAUGAGAAAAUGAAUUAAAACAAAAAUAAAGAAUUUCACUCACUUUUUCUUCAUCGCUGAGUCUCCCUCAGCUCUGCAGUGGCCUACUCCAAGUGUGCCUUCUCAUUCUUGAGGUGUCCAUAGAGGAGCACUGGGGAUUGUAGGCACAUGUGUGGCACUAGACGCAAUCCACAUACGACUCUGGAACAGAGAAUAAUUGCAUCACGAUGCAUGCAAUGAUUCUCUAAGGAAGAUUGUGACGGCACUGCACACGUGUGCAUGUGGUCGCGGUAUGGUAGAGUGUGAGAACCGCAAAAAACAGUCAUGGCUCUCAUAUCCAGAAGGCUUGGAAACAUGGCAUGAAGUUGCAUUUCCAAGCCUUCUAAUUACUAAAAUAUUUAGCUUUGAGGCCAUGAAGGAGGGGGGAUCAACUGUGGGCACUGUAACAACCUUAUCUAGAUUAAGUUGUUAUAGUGAGUACAGUGUUACUUCAACUGCUUCAUGGUGAUCCAAAUAAUAUUUUCAUUAUUAUUUCACAUAUCCCAUGUAUGAUUGAAAUUAUCAAAAUUAGCAAGGUGAUUUUCGUAAGUUAUCUAAGUGACCUGACACAUAGUGCUAAAUUUAUCAUGACAUGAACCUAAUUGAACCCACAAGUAAUCUUGGUCCAGUAUAUUAGAUCUAGACAAUCCCAAAAAGAUAUGAAUGGUCCGGCACACCUUUAUGAAAAUCUGUACUCUAUUACUUUAUAUAUAAAUGGACUGCUGGUCCCCAUAGACAAAUGGUGCUCAAACCUCUACUUUAGGGAUUGCAUGAUGUCACAUUCCUGGACUCCUUUUUGUCACUUAAAUCUCUCUCAACAGAGCCAUACAGCCCAGCUGUCUGGAUGAUGAUGUUCGUCAUGUGUCUAUCUGUCGUUGCUGUCACUGUCUUCAUCUUCGAAUAUUUCAGCCCUAUGGGAUACGAUCAAGAUUUAAACAACGGAAAACGUGAGAAUGAGAAAAAGACAAAUAGAUUAUGGGAAUGAAAAAAAGAAAAUUAGAUGGAGAGGUAGUUGUUUUAUUGGGCUUUUAGAGUGAAAAAUAUAAUUUACUGACAGCAGGAAAGAAUAGUAAAAAAAACCAAAAAAACAGGAGAAAUGUGGAACUAGGAAUAUAAAAAGUAAAUCAAAUGAAUAAGAGAAAUUUAGGUGGCUGUAGGACAGACGGGACAUGUGUCAUUUUGAUAGACAGGUAUGAGUGGAAGGAAAGAAUAAGGAUCAAUGUAAAAUACGGUAUAACCUCAGACACAGUGUCAUGUCAGGGAUUCAGUGUGAAGAAAGGCAGAGGGAGUCAAUGUGAAUAUAAGGCAGGUAUCAUUGCUAUAAAUUGAUAUGUCGAAGACAUCUUGGUCAUUACAGACAAUCAAGAAGAAGAACCACAGUUAGAGAAGUAGAGGGAACAGUAGAAAAAAGGAACUUUCUGUGAAGGGUGUCAUUGAGAAGGAUCUCUAAAAAUAUACGCACACUAAGAUGUUAUUGUUAAGAAAUAAAACCGUUUGCAUUGUACCUGGCAACAAAACAAUGCCAACUAAAGCAAAAACUAAAUAUAAAGGUAGACAGACGUCUUUGUGCGACUAUUUUCUAAAGCCUCAGAAUAGUGUACAGUUUCUUAAAGAAACAUUCCACAUUAACUCUCGGCACCCUCUCAAUUUAGGUGCAUUUUGCCUCAAAUUUAUGCUGUAUUUUUCUCCCAACUUCAAUCUCAUUAAUUUUGCUAAAAUAUACAAAAAAAAAACAAUGUUGAAGGUUCUGCCACUCCUCCCCAUUUCACAAGACAUCUUCCAAGUUGCUAGUAUGUACAGCCAAUCAGAGAACAUUGUGAGCUGUGAUGAUGACAUGACUUUGCCCCACAGCCAGUCCUGGUCCUCUUAUUUGAAAUGUAAUACAGAUUAUAAAUGGGCAGCGAUUGGCUGUGGGUGUCCCGACAGCAGUGAACUCGCAAAGAUCUCUUAAUGACUGAGCCACAUCGUGUACAUUCCAAUCAGGAAGAUAUUUUGUGAGAAAGGGAGGCAUGACUGAAAAUGGAAUGGUUAUUCUGUUGUAGUAAAACUGAAGAGAUUUGAAAGUGGAUAGAAAUGCAGCAUGAAUAUUAGGCUGAAACCAAACAAAUGCACUUACAUUGAGUGUUCAUUUAAUAACAUGAGAAUGCAUGCCUUCUAAGUUCUAACCUGCCAUAAAAGAAAGGUGGACAUGAGAGGAGAGAUUUAAGUACAGUUAACUUACAUGAAGGAUAGAUUGCAGGAUACUGUAAGUUUGGCACAUAGGGACAUAAUUGUACAGGCAAAUCUGCAAAAGUAUGGUAGGCAAAGGAUACUAAUGCAGAAAUAUAUACUAAAGAAAAUAAACAUUGUGAAUUGGUAAAAAAGUGGAGGCCAGACCUGAUAUUUAUUUCCAAAAGUCCCAAGAAGACAUACUGUUGAAUAAAUUCAGGGAACACCAAAUUGUAGUGAAUUGGAACCCAAAUUGCAAAGGUUAGACUAAACUGGCUAAAUUGGGACCACAGAUGAGUUGGAGAUAUUUUUCCAAAUCAGCAAUUUUUGCCUUCAAUUUCUGUAGGCUGUACAUUCACUACAAUUUGGUGUUUUGUAACUAAUCUCCUAUGCAACAAACAUUUGGUUGGGAUACAACCAGCAGAAGUUGGUUGGGAUACAAAUUAGCCAAGUUCAUUUGUUCAUCAAUAAUUGAGGAGAAUUUGUGUUUAUUGAGUGAGGCUGCAGUCGAAGUUAGAUUAGUGGAAUCUGCAAAACUGGACAGGGUAGAACAUAUGAGCAGAAGUAAUGACAUAGACUUGGAAUGGACAAAAGACAGAGACAAGAAACUCUUGGAAAAGUAAUCCCAGGACAAAAUAGGUCGAAUAAUGUUAGUCAAGGCUCUGAGAAUAUUCAUUUUAAGUUGUUAAAGGAACAGAGCCGGCUUUAGACUUUAUGAGGCCUUAGGCGAAACCCAUACAUGAGGCCCCACUAACACCAAAGUGAAAAAAAUUGAGUUGCAAUACAUGCACACAUAUACACAUUAAUGCACUGUCUACCUGUGUAUGUGCCUGAGAGUGUGUCUGACAGAGAGUAUCCUUGUGUGUGUGUGAAUGUAUGUCUCUGUGAGCAUGUUUGCAUUUCUGUCUGGACCAUAUGUGUAUUGGGUAGCUGCUUGAAGUGUGUUGUGUAUGGGGGUCUGCCUGUGGCCUUUGUGCAUUGUGUUUAUUGCAAAGCUAUGUUUCCUGACUGUGUGUGUAUAAUGAAUGUCUUCAGCUGGUGACUGUGAUAAGGUGAGUUAAGGGGUACCAGUGUCAGGGAGAGCGUGACAGGGCAAAGGGAGUAAAUGGGGCAGGGUAGGGGGGUUGUGAGAGAGAAUGAUGGAGAGGGAGUAUGACAUGGUUUGAUGAGGAAGUGUGACAGGGCGAGUGGAGGCAAGUGUGUCAGGGCAAUUGUGUCAUGGUAGGAGGGACAAGUGUGACAGGAUUAAGGGGGGGUUAAUGUGACAAGAUGAGUGGCAGAGUUGACAGGAUUAGAGGCAUUCAUGUGACAGGAUAAGUGUGGCAGGGUUGGAUGGAGAGUGUGACAGAGUGAGAGAUGGUGAGUGUGACAGAAUUAGAGGAGUUAAUUUGACAGGGUGAGUGUGGCAGAGUGAGGCCAGGUGAGUUUGGAAGGGGUGAGAUUAACAGGAGUAGGAGUGGUUAAUGUGAGUGUGGAUGCAUGAAGAGGCUGACAGUGUGAGGGGGUGACAGUGUGGGGGCGAUGACAGUGUAGGGAGGGGUGACAGUGUGUGGGAAUAUGGUGACACAACAAUGUUGUGGGUGACAGUGUGUAGGGAGCAUGACAGUAUAUGUGUGUGUGAAGGGGUGACAAUGUGUAUGAGGGAGGAAGACAGUGUGUGUAAGGGGGGUACUACUGUGUGUGGGAAAGGGGUGACACUGUGUGUGUGUGUGUGUGGGGGGUGAUCAUGUGUGUGAGAGGGUGAUACUGUGUGUGUGGGGGGUAGGGGGAAUUCUGUAUGGUAGGGGGUUGAUUCUGUAUGGGAGGGGGUGAUACUGUAUGGGAGGGGUGAUACUGUUUGGGGGGCUGAUACUGUGAGAGAGGGGGGUAAUAAUGUGUGGGAGGUGGGUGAUGGUGAGAGGGAAGGGGGUGAUGGCGUGAAGGAGGGAAGUGAUGGUGUGAGAGAGGGGGAAUAAUAAUGUGUGGGUGAUGGUGUGAGGGAGGGAGGGGGGACUAAAUACCUUAUGAAAUUUCCUAAUGGUCCAUUGUGUGCUCCCUGGUAAUCCAGUGGGCUCCCUGGUGGUCCGGUCGUGAUAUCCGAUCACAAUGUGCAGAGCUGCAGUCCAUGUAUCUCGUGAGACCCAGUCAGAGCGUUGCCGUGGUAACCCAAAACGCUGCGCCAGUCAGUAUCUCCGCAUAGAAAUGCAUUCAAUCAAUGCAUGCUAAUGGGUAGCAUCUCUACAUGGAGACCCUGAAAGUCAGUGCUGCACACAGUGCAGCACUGACCCAGGAAGCACCUGGCAGGGAAAAGACAGUGUUUACAUUAAAAAGCCUGCAGGGGCAGGCUAUGGACACCAGAACAACUACAUUAAACUGUAGUUCUUCUGGUGACAAUUGUGUCCCUUUAAGUUAACACAACAUACUGUAAGAAAAUGGAUGGAAUAUACACCGAUCAGCCAAAACAUUAAAACCACUGACAGGUGAAGUGAUUAACAUUGAUUAUAUCAUUACAAUGGCACCUGUGAAGGGGAGGGAUAUAUAAGUCAGCAAGUGGAUAGUCAGUUCUUGAAUUUCAUGUGUUGUAAGGAGGAAAAAUAAGUAAGUGAAAAGAUCUGAGUGACUGACAACGGCCAAAUAGUGAUGGCUCAAUGACUGAGUCAGGCCGCAGACUGGUCAGAGUGCCCAUGAUGACCUCUGUCCACCACCGAAAGCGCCUUCAAUGUGGACGUGAGCAUCAGAACUGGACCAUGGAGUUAUGGAAGAAGGUUGCCUGGUCUGAUGAAUCAUGUUUUCUUUUAGCUCAUGUGGAUGGUCUGGUGCGUGUGUGACUAGGGAUGGCCUAGUGCGUGUGUGGCUGUGGAUGGCAGCAGGAUGCACUGGGAAGAAGGAAGGCCAGUAGAGGCAGUGUUAUGCUGUAGGCAAUGUUCUGCUGGGAAAACUUAGGUCCUGGCAUUCAUGUUGAUGUUAGUUUGACAUGUACCACCUACCUAGAGAUUGUUGCAGACACGUACACCCCUUUAUGGCAAUGAUUAUCUCUGAUGGCAGUGGCCUCUUUCAGAAGGAUAAUGAUACACUGUAAAAUUGUUCAGACAUGGUUGAGGAACUUGACAAAGACUUCAACAUGUUGCCUUGGCCUCCAAAUUCCCCUUCAAGAUGUAACCUUGGCCUCUGAAUUCCCCAGAUCGCAAUCCGAUUGAGUUGCUGUGGGAUGUGCUGGAACAAAAAAUCUGAUCCAUGGAAGCCUUAACUCUCAACAUUUAAUAGAUCUGCUUUUAAUGUCUUGGUGCCAGAUACCACAGGACACAUUUAGAGUCAAUGCCUCGAGCCAUCAGAGCUGUUUUGACAGCACUAGGAGGACCUACACGAUAUUAGACAAGUGGUUUUAAUGCUAUGACGAAAGCAACUUUGCCACUGGUUUUUGGAGGGGCCUGUUUGCCAGUCUCCUACCCUGGGACUAUGGGCCCUGUGAUAACCCAUGUUCAACUGUACUGUUUCUGCCCCUCAGACUUUUAACUGGAACAGAUUCAAACAUGUGGCAGCGGCCAUCUUAAAUUGUCCAGCAGUGUUUUGCCGUUGAGUGUAUGGAACUGUUUUGGGCAUUGGGCCAUGGGACCAUGUGCACGGUGGGGCAAAAAUAAGACUUUCAGGAAAUUCCUGAACUCCUGAAUAAUCUGGGUGAUUUUUGGAUAUAUUGUUCACCCAGAUCGGGGCUGUGACUGUGGGGAUAUGCUGUAAUUUGGGGUACUUUUUGGGGUUUCUAAAAUGUAUGUUUUUUCUGUUUAGAAUUGAGUUAGCCCAUUGUCUUUGUUAAUUGUAUCACAUGCAGAGGGGAGGGAUUGUGUACACUGUAGGGGAGGGUCUGCAUGUAAGACUCUUUAUUGGUUUGUUAAUUCUGUGUCCUGUGCCCCACAAGGUUCACCUGGGCAUCAACCUUGUGGGGAAAAACUGUAUAAAAACUCAAGCUGUUCAAUAAACCUUCAGACCUUCUUACCCUCAACUCGCAGCCUUGUCUCGUGUUGUAGGGUAUUGCUAUAUCACACUGGGGAUUGCUAUACUCUGUAUACUCCCCUGGAUGCUAAUCACUAGCUCUUCUAAGAGCUGUUCCUGCUUCGCUCUCUGAAGGAAGAGAGGUUCACCCACUGGAGCCUGGAGCCUUGUCGUAGGUCCAGGGUGGGUAGGAGACGGCGAGACCCCAACCAAGCUGCGGCAGUUCAUGGGGUCUGUAGUGCUUAUGGUGUCUGGUGCGGUGCUGAUGGUCCUUGGUAAGCACUAGGAGCAUUGAUUGACGGAGGGUCCAUUACAAAUGCUGUGGCUGAAAAGUGUAGAAUAUGAAGAAUGGUUUGUAGACUUGUAACAGUAUAGAAGAAAAGACUGAGUUAUGAAUAAAAUGGCAGAAUGGUCCAAAAUGUUUACAAGAAGAAUAGUUAGUCUAAAGGAAAGCAUACAGAGAUGGAAAGGAAAGAGCAACAACUUAUAGGCUCAAGAGAAGAUUUGCAUCUGAGAAAUACUAAUUUUAUAUGAAAGCAUAUGAAGAGAGCAAUACCAAGCUCACUGACUGAUGUUAAUGGAAGACACAGAUAACAUGAAGAAUUUGCAGGAGGAAUGAAUAUGACUUAUAUCAAGCAAACAUGGAAUUUAAAAGGACAGGGGGUAUUUUGCAUUAUGCUCUAGGAAAUUAAAUAGGUGUAAAGGGACAAUAUAAGGAGUCUGAUAUAUUCCAUCUCCCCAACAAAACUACAAUGAUGUAUUUUUAUUUGUCUAAUGUUGAAUGAGGUUUCAUACAGCAUAAUUGAUGGACUGACAAACAUUUCUGAACAUAGAAGAAAUACUGAGUCCACAUAACCAAGCCAUAAAUAAAGUUAAUGUUAUAUAACUUAUUCAGAAGAGGCUCUAUAAUUAAGUGAGUUACGGCUGCCUAACUCGCCUUAGGGCACAUUGAUCUGUUAGGUGACCAAGGGCCCGACAAAAGAAGGGUGGGUGCCACCAGAUGUGGCACCCUACUGAGUUGACCCAAGGGGACAAAGAGCCCAGCAGCCUGUGGCCUGCAGCUCCACUGGGUGCAGAGUUACAGACCUUGAAGUUGUUGUCAGCAAUCUCCAGUCAAUCAUAGCAUUGUGGCAGGUUACUACAGCAAUGCUCUGAUACUCCAAGGGCCGGAGCUCGCAAGACAACUACCUCAUGGUCUGCAACUCUGCACCCGGCAGAGCUGCAAAUGGGAUAGCUAGGCCACAGACCGCCAGGGAAUCCAUUACUGCUCCCUCCUACCAAGGAAAGGGUCAAAUACAUAAAAAAUGUAUUGCAGUGUUGGGAGGCUGGUCACAGUAAUACAGUUUCUCCUCACACUGUCUGUAGAGACCCUCCCCCUCAACCCCGUCCACCAUUCCUGACACAUUCACCCCCCAACUAUGUCACACUUACCUCCCUUCCCUGUGCCACACAGUCUCGAUCACAUUAACACGCCUAAUCCAUUCACCCUCACCUUGUCUCACACAGUCACCCCCCAUGCCUGUUACACUCAUCCCUCUUAACCCAGCCUAACUCACUCACAUUUAUCCCUCCAAUCCUGUCACACUCACCCUCCUAGCAUGCCACACUUGUCCUGUUAUAUAAACCUAUUCUAAUCCUGUCACACUCACCUCCCCUCGCCCUGUCACACACCCUCCUCCAACCUUGCCACACUCACCUCCAACCCUGUACACUGACCCCACCAGCCAUGCCAUACUCACCCUAUCACAUUAACGCCUCUAAUCGUGUCACACUCAUCCACUAAUGCUUUUCACACUCAGACCCACUUGCUUCGCCACACUAACCAUGUUACACUAACUCCCCCACACACAUAUACAUCUCACCUCACACUGUCACACUCCUCCUCCAACCAUAUGCAUCCCAACCCUGUGACACUCACCCCCAAACAUGCUAUAAUCUCUGUCAUAGUAACACCAGUAAAGCUGUCAGACUUGCCUCUCCUGCUCUAUCACACUCCCUCCUCCAACCAUGCCAUAUACUCUUCUCCAACUCUGUCACACUCAACUUGUCAUAUUAACCCCCUAAUCAUGUCACAUUCUCCCCUAAUCCUCUCACACCCUGUCUCAUGUACCCUCUUUGCCCUGUCACACUCACCCUGCCACAGUUAUCCCUUUAGUCAUCCUGUCACUGUCAUCCCCUGAAGACAGUAAUCAUACACACACAUUCAUUAAAUACAGCAUCACCACAAAGAAAAUGCACAAAGACCACAGGCAGACCCCCAUACACACAGCACACUCCAAGCAACCCGCACACACAUACAGUCCCAGACACAAACAUACACAUUUGCACACAAGGAUACUCACUGUCAGACACACACUCAGGCAGGCAAUGUCAAUCACACUCAGUAAUACACACAGCCAGAUUCACAUUGUGACUAUUUGUCUGUAUUUGUCAAUGUGUGGGUCUCUGUGCAUUAGUGCGUUUGUCUGCAUGCAUGUGCGUGUAUCAGCGUGUGUAUAUGUAUUCUUGUAUUAAUGUGUAUAUAUGUGUGUGUAUGUGUGUGUGUGUGUAACAGUGUGUAUAUGUGUGCAUACAUGCAUGUGUGUGUCUAUGGCUGCAAUGUGAGGAUGGUAUGGGCAAUGCAAAGGUAAGGUGGCAACAUUUAUGAUAUACAUACAUCCAAACAUUUCGGAUGGACAAAGAGAGACACAUUUCGGAUGGACAAGAGGGACAUUUUUAUAGAAAACAGAGCCAGAAGGAUUGGGGCCUAAAAUAGAGAUUAUCCCCCCUAAAUAGGGAUACUUGUGGGAUGUGCAUAUGCAAUAUAUGGGGCAACACAUAUAGGAUAAUACACAUGUAAAGGAUUAUAUAAUAUGUGGGGGAAAUAUCUAUGACACUACUUACUUAUUUGUAACUUUAUUAUCUGUUAAAUUCAUUUUUGUAAGGUUUUUCUGCUCAACCAAAAUGUGCAUUUUUGUUGCUAAUAACCCCUUCACAGCGGCACUUACUUAUAUAUAUAUGACUGCCAGAUUAUGCAACCAUACCCAGCAAUCGUGUAUACACAAUUAACAUAAUUGCAAAUUGAAUUUGUUUAUUGCUAAUUAAUUUCAUUUGCAAAUUAUGCCGUAACUAAACUGAGAAAGCUCACAACGGAGUGGCAAAAGAAGCCACGACACUGGAAGCCUCUGAACAGAGACUACCUUUCUGUAUCCAGUGUUGGAAGCCUGCCCUUCGACAUAACUACAGCUCCUCAUACACACACAAUAGAAACCAUAUAUUUUUUUUACUGUGGCUGUUAGUGGGGGCCUGGCCUCGUGUUUGAGGUCCGCCUUAAGACUCGCAAAGUCUAGAGCCGCCACUGAAUUUUUUUUCAAAAGACUAGGUUGUUUUAAUCAGUCCAGUUAUGUCUUGGAUACCAUAAUAGAAGGUUUGCAAUACAGUUUGGUUAAUGUGUGUUAGAUCCUAGAUCUUUCUUGGUACAUAGAUAAUGGCAUUUCAAGGCUAUAUAAUGUGAGGGAUCAGGUGCUUCUAGGCAUGCUACAACUUGCUACAUCUUUGCUUGAAGUACAAGGCGUUAGGCGUGUAUGUUACAAUAUGCCAUUCUUUAACUUACCUACUACCCAUAGCAUGGGUCAGCAACCUAUAGUAGUACAUGUGCCAUGCAUGGCAUUAGAGAUGCAUUUUACAUGGCACUCAAGGCUGCCAGAGAAAAAAAAAAGCUCUGGCCUAUCAGGAAUGCCAGUGGGACUUCAUAUAUCUGCUAGUGCAAACCAAGCAGUGAUUGAGGGACAAUCCUCAAUGUACGCAUUGCAGUAGUUAGAAGAAGUGAUCUCAGUUCACUUCCUCCCAGCACUUUUGAACGCGAAUCUGCACUGAAGUAGAGCAGCCCACUGCAGCUGUUUCAGCUCCUACCAUUGACCUGUACCUGGCCAGCCCGGUCCCCAAUUGACCAGAGUGAAGCCACCAACACUGCUCGAUAUACACAGAGCUGCAGAAUAAGCCUCCCCCUCAUACAAAUAAUACAAAAAGCCCACACACAAGUACACACACAGUCCUCACAAAUGCAACACCACUAAUAAUCCACAUACAUGCACACAAUCCCACAAGCAACUUCUCAAAUGCAAUACCACAAGCAGCCCCACACAUACACACACCACCAAAAACACAAUGUGACAUGUUAUCCACACACACAAUUCCACAAGCAGCCCCCAUACACUGCCAACAUUCAUAGGUAUCAUACAGAAUAUCACAAACUACUCAUGAACAUAUACAAUAUAACAGCUGACAUACGCACAAAUACAACGAUACAAAGCAACUGCAACUCCCAUAAAUAACACAAGCAGAGUACAGCAACAUACAUACCUCAAUUUAAAAAACAGGAAAGGCACACCAAUUGACUUCAGGAUCUUGUUUUGGCACAGUGCUACUAAAAAGUUGCCAUCUCUGACCUGUAGAAUUACCUUUUAAAAGCUACCAGAAUAGCAUCCACAAUCAACCUAAAUUCAAUAGAGCCAUAUCACAAUGAACAGAAGAAAAACCUCAGCAGCUACAAUUAAAACAUAUUUAUUGGAGCUGCACAUUUUUUAACCUGCCUGGUACUAUAUCAAGUUUAGAGCAGGAUCCAUAAAACAUUGGAAAAAAAACAAAAAAAAUGUGAGAGAGCUUAAGAAAAAGUUAUAAUGAGUGUACACAGUUAGCUGUUCUACCCCCAAAGCGACACAAAAGUGACACAUAAUAUAUCAAAAGAAUACCAAAUAAUGUAGCACGCUUAAACUGCAAUGAUUGUGAUUCCUUCAGAUCAUAUUCUGAAAUGAAUUACAUAAACAUAUAUAGUGCAGACUAUCUGAAUAAAAGCAUAAAAUAUUUAGGGGUAUCUGGGAGAGAACUCACAUAUACCAGAGCCCUAUCACCCCUGGCUCUGGGUUUGAAGUGCUCCACUUGAGAUAAAUAAUUCCUACAGCAGUAUUUCAGGAUAGAUGUCUCCAAACAGUGUAUUCAGUCAGGUGAAUAUAAAUGUUUAUAUCCCAGCUUCCUCUCGUGACAGGUGGCAGUCCUUGUUUCUUGCAUUGCAGCUACAGAAGACUGUGAUGUGCUAUGUGGCCAUCUCUUUGUCCGUGUGUCUGUCAUUAAUUCCUCAGAUAUUCGGUGACUGGUUUAUGCUGUGGCAUAACUGUGGCUCUCUCCUUCACAUCCUCUCUGGUUGCAGCCCUCACAAAAUGGCCUCUCAAGUGUAGCACUGCCAUGAAAAAACAUUUCCCUCUUCAUCUUGUAGCGGAGAGCUGGUAUUUCACAGGUUAUCUCCACUAAAGAUCCCAGUGAGGCUCAGGAACAAGUAAUACAAUCUAGAUCAAUAGUCACAGCAAGCAAGGUAAUCCACGAAUAUCCCAAUACAGAUCCCAAUGACUGGACGACACACAGCAUCAGGAGCAGAACUGAACUUUUAAUCACACAAACUCAUUUUAAAGGUUUCUCCUAUGCAAGGGAGGGAUUCACAUUAAUUUGUACAGUAGCCAAUAGUGUAAUGGUUACCUCCCACACAUCUCCCCUCAGUGUGACACAUAAUCCAUUUAUACAUACUACAGUUUUACCUGAUUUCUGGAUGUACCCCAAAACAGUCAGAUACAAUUAUAUAAGGGGUACCCCCUGGUAGCCCUGAUCUGGGUGACCAACAUAUUCAAAAUUCACCCAGAUUGGACCAGGGGUUCAGGAGUUAAGUGGAAGAGGCAAUUUGACCAACCGCACAUGAGGUAGUAUCCGAAAAAGGCUCCAUGUGUUUUGGCCUUGCGGUCGGUCUCUGUUCGGGAGAUAAAACAUGUAGAAUUACUUGCCAUCCAACGUUCCAUCGGUAUUCGUAUGAAUACCCUUAACAUUAAGUUCACCGAACGAGGGGCUGGUCCCUACGUUUGGGAGUUAUGGAGCUCUGGAUGUCUCAGCGGUGUUCGGGUGAUUGAGUGUCCGAUUUGAGUUCCAGACACUCGACGACCAAACACUGCUGAGAUUUUCUUGCGUAAGAUGGCCGAACGGCGGCCACCCAGAUAUGUAUACAAGUACCGAUUGCAUGGUCAGUUAGCUUGCGGUUAGAGAAGUGUGAAAGCCUAACACACUUUUCUCUGGGGUGGUCUGAUGAUUCGGUAGUUUUCAUUCGUAUGGAAUACAGACUGAAAACUACCGAACAAUCAGAAGAAUGCUACAUACAAUACAUCUAUACAGGGGAAUACUCACACGAAAUACACUUUUAAAGCAAACGUUGAGGACAGCCCCAUGCCAUCCGCUACACAUCUAUUUUACAUAUUGGCCACAAUUAAUGUUUUCAUAUUUCAAUAUAAAAUGUCAUAUAAGUCAAACAGAACACAAGUAAACACAAAGUUUGUUUUUUUAAUUUCAAGCUCAUUUAAUUAUGGAUUCGAUAUUUACCCAGUCUCCCUCUUAUUGUGACAUUUUGACCUCUGACAAUGUCUUAAGCUAGAGAGGCCUGCAGUUACUGAAAUAUUGGCAUGGCUCUUUUUUUAUGAUGACUUGGUUGAGUAUUCUCUGUGCCCUUGCAGGAAUUAUGCUUGGCUAGUACGCUUUGAAUAUCUUCCACUGUUAUCUCUACUUCGAGAUUAAGGUUGUCACUGUGGUUGUCUGGAGUCAACGAGACUCAGAAAUGGCUUUCUUACACUUUAAUCUCAACAAUUUUCUUUUCUCAUCCCUUUAAAAUAUUUGUUUGAAUGUAGCAUUCUACUUUUUGGUAAGAACAUGUAGCAUAUCUUACAUUAAUGGUAAUUUAAGGAGCCCCUAUUAAUGUUGGCAACUGUGCCUCUUGUUGACGCGUGACGAGUCUGUGACAGUAGUCACCAUCCCUGGCAGCAUAUUUCUGACACUUCAUGUAGCUCCACAUAUUGUUCUUAUGUUCACAUUUUAGGUGCAGGGUGUACAUUAUAGUUAUGUUGUGUAUCAUAAGCCUUGUGUGCUCUCCUGUCCUGCUGAUGCACUCUGCCAACUUAAUGGAUUUGGGUUUGGAGCCUGUUCAGUUCCGCCUGUUGGUUUUGAAUGAGAUUGCAAGUCUCUACAGCACCACCUGUUGGUUGUGAAGAUCUUUAAACAGUUAUGUGCACUAGCUGAAUAGCAAGGCUCCUUAAUUUGCAUAUUCAGGUUUAUUUGCAUAAUACGGUUUAUGCACACAGAGUGCAUAUUUCUUGUUAGUCUUUGCCUUCCCAAUCCCUUUAUAAAUAUUGUAUUGUAUUAUAUGAGUGCCUGUAUAAUUCCCAAUAUGAAUAUGUUUUGUUUAUGUGUUUGAGUGUGUCACCAUAAGUUUACGGUAAUACAAAUAGGGGUAAGACCUAAGUGUAAAUAAAAUAAGUUGUGCCACUUUUAUUGUGAAUUGUGUGUCCUGUCUGGUUUGUUUAGGGAUUCUAGUAACAGAGUAUUUAGCCAGUUUGCUGGCUGCACUAGUCCCUGGUCCCAAAGAUGUGUUAAAGUUGUCUUUUGAAGUAUUGCAAGUUAGCAUGUAAAUCUCCCAUGUUGGAAUUAGUGUGGGACCCACCGAUAUUGGGGUGCUGUGACAUAGUGGUGAGCUUGACACAGUAUGGCCAUGUGGUGGAAUCGAGUCCCCGUGUUUGUUUGCUAAGAUAGGUGAUUUUAAGUAGCCAAUUUAAAUAUAAAACUGUUUUUUUUUUUAUGUGUGCGCUGUACCUUUAACUGUAUUUUGUAUAUGUUUUUUGUCUAUACGGCAGCACCACUGCUUAUUAUUAUUAUUAUCGCCAUUUAUAUAGCGCCAACAGAUUCCGUAGAGCUUUACAAUAUUAUGAGAGGGGGUAUUUAGCUAUAAAUAGGACAAUUACAAGAAAACUUACAGGAACGAUAGGUUGAAGAGGGCCCUGUUAAAAUGAGCUUACAGUCUAUAAAUGCUUAGAAAUGCAUGUUCUGGGUGUGCCCUCAAUUCCCAUUUCUUUCUGUUAAGAAAGAUUCUUUCUGUUAAGAAAGAGCUAGGCCUGAGAGCUACAAGUGCCUUUGUAAAGGCAGUAUUCCAAAGCAGUGCAGGCAGAGGGGGCAAUAACUGUUCAGAAGGAGAGCUAUAACCAAUCACAGCGACCAAUUUCUGCUCAGGCUAAUGCUUCCUCUUUAGCCCAAUCAGGAUAAUGUUGUAUAGCAUUAAAACAUUAAAAAUGGUUUAACACUAAAUGGAAGGACAGUACCAGGGGAUACCAGACACUAUAGAUCAUUUAAUUCUGUGUACACAAGUUCAUUCAUUGGCUGAGAACACUGAACUCUCAGUCAAUGAAUGAAUGUCAUUGUAAGAGGCAAACCAUUGCCUCUUUACUGUGGAACAGCACCAGAGUACUCCUGGUGUCAUAACCACUACAAAAGUAAUUAUGAUGCUUGGUGUAUCCCUUUAAUUUUUUUAAAAUAAUAUAUUUAAGUAAAGUGUAGCUGUUUAACUUCUACAUUGAAGUAGGAUAGGGAAUUAUUCAUGUAAGGGGAAAAAGUGAAUGGAGAAGUCAUUUAAAAGCAAGAAAUUUAUAAUUUUUUGGGAGUAGGGAGAAGGGGAGCAAAAAAUUGAUUUGAGAUAGUAGACACACACUAUUAGAAGGUCUCAUUUUGUGAUAUCCCAUUAUAAUUAUUGGCAUUUAUAUAGCGCCAACAUAUUCCGUAGCGCUUUACAAUAUUAUAAGAGGGGGAGAUUUACCUACAAAUAGGACAAUUACGAAAAAGACUUACAGGAACGAUAGGUUGAAGAGGACCCUGCUCAAACGAGCUUACAGUCUAAUGGAGGUGGGGUAUAAAAUACGAUAGAACAGGAGACAAAGAACCCUUAUUUUAUUAAAACGGUUUAGUUACCAUACUAAAAACAUACCUGUGAGGGCUGCUGUGAUAGGCUGAAAGUGGUCUGCUGACAUUCUCAGCCAAUCACAAGCACCGAUUCCUGACCAGACUUAUGCAUCUUCAUAGUUAUAUAGUUACAUAGCUGAAAAGAGACAUUCAUCCAUCAAGUUCAGCCUUUGUUUUUGCUGUUCAUCCAAAAAAGGGGGUGGCGGGGAACCUAGUAUGAAGCUCUUCCAAUUUUGCAACUAACUAGAAACAAUUUCCUUCUUGAUCCCAAAAUGGCAGUCAGAUAUCUCUUUGGAUCAAUAAUCUAUUACCUCACUAAUUAAUAAUGAUAUCCCCGUACAGAGGGUAUGGCUGCUGGAAACAUUCACUUAGCACUAAACAUUUUAUAUGGCUUAACACUGAAUGGAAGGGUGAUGUCAGGGGUCACCAGACACUAUAACCAUUUCAAUGAGAUGAUGUACGUCCAGUUCCUAUAGGGUCCCAUUGGAUCUCCUGUGCUCUAUUACAGAAAACCUGAUGUCUAUAAAUAACAAAUAGACUUGAUUUUUGUUAUAGUGACUAUGUGACAAAUAAAUAGACCUACACUGGCUAAUAAUGUAUUGGCUACUUGUUAAAAGGUAAUAGAUUUACAGGGAUUACCUCUGAACUUAGUGAAAGAAGAUGAAUAUGCCUAUGAAGACAGAAAAUUAAUUUCAGAUGAUUCGGGACGAAACAAUGAUAAUAGAGGAAGAAAAUAUAUAUUUUUGAAAUUACAGCAGGGUUAUAAUAAAAGUGUUGAAAUAAGAAUAACAACAGUAAACAGAUGGCAGGGACAGUUCUGUAUUAGUUUAGGAAUGUAAACUGGUUAGUUUUGAUGAAGGAAUGCAAACAGCAUAUAAGAUAAAUGAUUAUGUGUGAGUGUAAAGUUAAAGGGAUACUACAGCAAUUUAAACAACUUUAGGUUAAUGAAGACAUUUUUGUGUAUAGAUUGUGCCUCUGCAGUGUCACUGCUCAAUUCUCUGCCAUUUAAGAGUUACAUCACUUUUGUUUCUAUCCAUGCAGCCCUAACCAUACCUCACACUGGCUGUGACUCACACAGCCUGAGUGAAAAUAAAUGGUUUCACUUUCAAUCAGAUGUUAGCUUGCUUUAGAAGUUUUUAUCUUUUGCUCUGUAAAUGGAACUUUAAUUCAUUACAGGAGGCUUCUGCAGGGUCUAUCAAACUAUUAACAGAGCGAGAGAUAUUAAAUUCAAAAUUUUACAGACUGCGUAAGAAAGGAAAUGUAAAAAAUGAGAUGACUCUUUACAUGAAGUGUUUAGGAGGGCUGUGCAAGUCACAUGCAGGGAGGUGUGACUAGGGCUGCAUAAACAAAGAGAUGUAACUCCUAAAUGGCAGAUAAUUGAGCAGUGAGAUUGCAGGGGCAUCAUAUUUAGACCAAAACUGCUUCAUUAAGCUAAAGUUGUUUUGGUGGCUACAGUGUCCCUUUAAUAAAAUAGAAGAUGUGGAAAUGUAUCUUACAAUAAGAAGUAAAUUUAUAUGAGUGAAGGAAAGGACAAUAAAAGAGAGAGUGCCAAGAUUUCCUUGUUUCCCCUUAGGUUUGGGGGGCCCGAGUUUCACUGUGGGGAAGUCCCUGUGGCUGCUCUGGGCACUGGUGUUUAAUAACUCCGUUCCAAUCCAGAACCCUCGUGGCACUACCAGUAAGAUCAUGGUGCUGGUGUGGGCCUUCUUUGCAGUCAUCUUCCUGGCCAGUUACACAGCCAAUCUGGCGGCUUUCAUGAUUCAGGAGCAGUACAUAGACACAGUGUCUGGUCUGAGCGACAGAAAGGUGAGCUUGGCACUUCUAUUUAUGCACAUAGUUUGCUUUUCACACAUACAGUAUUUUACCCAGGGGCCCAGUGUUCUGCUAAGCUUGUCUGAGACGAAUGCAUUUAUUGUACUGAACAUAUUCUGUGCUGCAAAGAAAAUUCUAUAUCUUACCAUGCCUUGUCUACUCUACAACUGUGUAAUAAAAUAUUGCAUCGUAUAUGCAUGGUGUGAACAAGUCUAAAUUAUAUAGUUGAACAAUGAGGAAAAAAAAAUCUUAAUUGGCUAAAAGACUUUAAAGAUCAAAAUACUAUAAAGUAAAAAAAAAUCUAUAUGUAUGAAAUUAAAAAUAGACACCUGCAUGCAUUAUCUGCAUUACCAGGGUGGGCAACCACUCCGGAUGUUGUUGACUAUAUCUCCCAUGAAGUUUAGCCAGCAUUACGGCUGUAAGAGCAUUAUAGGAGAUGUAGUUCACAUCUGCAGUGCUGAAGGCUGCCUACCUCGAUCUAUUGUAUUGUCUAUUUUAUAAUGUUAAUAUUAUAGUUAAGGGAAAUCUGUCACUACUCUGGCAAAGACACCAUUGAAUAAAACAUUUAAAAAAUCACCCGUGGCUUGUUUUAACCUUUUUUUAUUUUCAUCUUUUAUAUUAAAUUUAUUUUAUUGAUUUAGCAAAAUGUCAUCACAGUCCGGUUUACUCCAAGCAGAGCCAGGGCACAGACUGUGAUUAAGGAGGAGAAAUAGAAAAAUUGUUAAAUUUUGUCGCUUGAUACAGUCUUUAUGCUGCUUGCCAGGUGCAAAGGACAGAGUUAAUAACAGUGAAUGACCGAGAAUUCAAGUGAUUCAAGUGAUUCAAUACUAUUAGAAAAACUUGUCAAAUGGUUAAUCUACAGCUAAUGGGAUUUUUCUUUGUAGAGAAAUUAUUUCGAUAGUUUUUGUUACAAAAUUAAAUAAUUUGGAAAGCUUAUCAAAUCGAGGCUUAAGAUGUUUCACCAUAAAGAGGUGUGGAUUUCUACAUUUAAAUGUGUUUUUCAUACCUUACAAAUACAUAUUUGUUAAAUACAGGAAUAAGUAAAUAUAAUAUUAAAAGCCCUGAGAAGUGACAAUUCCCCUUUAACAGUUUUUCCAUGAUUCCACCUUGCCUCUUUACCAAUGUAUUUGUAUUUAUACUAACAUCAUGAAUCAGUGUUAUGUUGACCUCACGCUUAGGGAAAAGUUGUCUAGUGAUUUCUGCUGGCUUAGCAGUUUCUAUUUAGUUCUGCACAAUGGAUUCAUGAAGGCUUAGGGAUUUAAAACUGCAUCCCCAGAUGUUAAUAGCCUACAUUUCCCAGAAUUCUUUAAAUGCAAUAGAUGACCAGAGAAUCAUGGGAGUUGUAAUUUAGCAACAUAUUGGGGCAGAGAUUGAAAUGAAUGGCUUAUAAAAAUAAAUGUGAUUACAAAAAUGUUAAUAUGUCAUGUGAAAUAUAUCUGAACGAACAACAUCUGCAUGCCUAUCAACAGUCCCAAUUUAGGCUGAACAGUCCUGAUUUUUGGGCCUUGUCCAGUUUUAGCUCCCUGAUGUCCCACUUUUGGGGACACCAGUAAACUGUCCCCAACAAUCAUAGCACAAGCGCAGCAUUAGAUGCCCUCAUGCUAUGUUCAGGGCACUAGGACCUUGCAUGGAGCACUUAGAGUGCCCCUUUGAAAGUCUGCCCUAAAAGGGCUGAUCUUCAAAGAUUGAAUGGCAGCCUGUGGUGUCAACACGAGGCUGUCUUGCCAGUAAUGUGGGCGGACCUGCAGCCAUUCCAGGUGGGUCCACCCCUUUUGGGUGGAGCCAGUGACACCAUCGCAUCACUGGCCUGCCCCGCUUACUUCCCUCAAACCGACGUCCUGAUUCGUGGGCAGCCAAAGUUGGGAGUGUUUGUGUGUUGUGAAAAUGAGAAUAUCUGGCCAUACUCUCCAUACCUGGAAACAUUACAGGAUUAGCAAGCCCUCCUUAAUUUUUGCAUGAUAAUUAAACAGAUCUGCCAUGGUUUUUUAACAUAAUAAAAUCUUCUCCUAAUUCUGUCUACAUGUUUUGCCUUUUAUUUCAUUUUCUACCUGUAUCUUUUUAAAGUUAUUACUGUUCAAGUUUUUGUUUUUUUUAAGAGCCAAAGUCAGAAAACGAUCACAUAACAUACAACGAGUUAUGUAAAAAAAGGAAAUGGACUUAAACUCAGAAAGAAAUCCAACAAUGUAUAGACAGAAUUAUGAGAAGAAGGCAAUACUAUGCAAAACACAGACAUAAUAGGGCACCAGUUAUCUGCUAUAAAUAUUUCUAUUGGAGUGGUAAUUGGUGAGUUGCUUUUAGACAGCUAUUUGGCAUGAUCUGAGUUUUCCUUUUUUCAUCUGACAUGAACUUAUUUACCUAUGUAUAUGUAUAUCCAAUAAUGAAGGAAAAUGUGUAUUUGUGCUUAAAAUGAUAAUUGAAUAAGUAUAUUUCACUUUUAGCUUGAGAUGUUUAGGAUUUAUGCAUUAAAUAAAGCAGCACUGUCACCCCCUCCCCCUAAAAAAUAAUUAAUAUUUCAUAAAGAUAGAAUCUUUACAAAAACUCUUUUUGAUUGUGUUGGAUUUUCACUGAGAUUUCAAUCAAGAGAUACAAAGAGACAAAGUAUGGAUUACUACUGUUUAUUUCCUCCGCCUAACUUUCUAAGACUCUGGGCAGAGCUACAGUGUUAAUCCUGGUGGCCGUCACCAGUGGUCUUGUGGGAUACUCCAAAGACCUUAAUACUAUUCUCUCCCACAUGAAGAGUCACCAUUGGAACAAUAUGGUCAUGCCUGCAAGGGACAGGUUCACAUAAGUAGGACUCACCUUUACUUGCCUCCCUCCCCUUCCCACCUUCCACCAGAUAACCAGCAGCAAUUUCGCCAUCUGUGGUCUUUGCAAAUUCGGCAAAGUCCCCAGACAUUGACAGUGCCGCUUUAAUGCAUCCUCAAUGCUUCAAUCUAGAAUUAAAGUUAAUAAUAACUGUGAGUAUAAGAGAAGAGGAAGAGAUUUAGGCAGGGAGAAAACAAAUAAAUGUUUUAGUGGUUGAAGGUGGGAGAAAACAAAUAAAUGUUUUAGUGGUUGAAGGUGGUUUAAGGGAUCAUGCUGCUAGUGACAUAUAUUAUAAAUUGCCCCUUCCUUAAAGGGGUACUCUAGGCUUGACCGACCACUUGUAUUAACUCAUUAUUUUGUAUUUAAUGCAUUUGGAAAAUGUAUGUUAAAAUAACCAAUCCAAAAUAAUGAAAGUCCAACCAUCAAGGUCAGCUUUUCUCACAUCUGUUUUUGCUGUUGAUCCAAAAGAAGACAAAAAAAAAAAAGAAUUUUAAGCUCUUUCCAAUUUUGCAACAAUAAAUUCCUUCUCAACCCCAGAAUGGCAGUCCGAUCUCUCCUUGGAUGAAGAAGUUAUUAUCUCACAUAUUAAAAAUGAUAUCCCUGUUUAUUAUGUUUUUGCAAAUAUUCAUCCAGUUGCUGUUUCUACAUCUGUACAGACACUGAUAAAACCACCUAUUUAGGCAUAGAAUCCUACAUACUUAUUGUUCUGUGAGAAAUCAUUUCCUUUGCCUUAGACUAAAUCUCCUUUCUUCCAGUCUAAACGCAUGAACUUGUGUCCUAUUUUUAUUCCAGUCUAUGAAUAGAUUUCCAGGCAAUGAUUUGUAUUAGCCCAGAAUAUAUUGGCGUAAAGCUAUCAUAUCCUGUCUGUGGCGCAGUUUUUCUAAACUAAACAGAUUUAAAUUUGUCGACCUUUCUAAAUAACUAAAAUGUUCCAUUUCUGUUAUUAAUUUUAUAGCCCGCGUUUUUGAGCCAAUAUUAUAUUUUCAUCCCAAGAAUUAAUACCCCUUUUUAUUCAUAAAAAUAUCUUACUGGCCUUAGAAACUGCUAAUUAACAUUGCACACUGUUGGCUAGUUUGUUGUCUAUAACAAUUCCCAAAUCCAUCUUGUUGUUAUCCCUACUUCACUACCAUUUAAGGCAUAAGUUUCUUGUGCAUUCUUUACCCCGAAGUGCAGAACUUUGCAUUUACAUUAAAUUUCAUCUGUCAUCUGAGUUUCCAGUCCCCAAAUCCAGUCUAAAUUCUUCUGCGGUGGAGUAAUAUCCUGCUCACAUUGUAUUACUUUACAGAGUUUUGUGUCAUCUGCAAACACUGAAACAUGACUUUCAAUACCUAUUUCAAGAUCAUUUAUAAUGCUGAAUAGAAGCGGUCCCAGAACAGAACCCUGAGGGGCACCACUUACCACUUUUGCCCAGUUUGAAAAUUUAACAAAGCCAAGUAGAUCACAUGCGCUGCAACAACCUAAUCUAUACUUAAUAUUUUUAACCCUUUUUGAAAAUAGGAAGCACAUCUGCUUCCUCCAAUCCUCUAGUACAAGUCCUAUGUUAUUGUCUAGAACAGUGGAUCUCUAACCAGUCCUCGUGGCCCACCAACAAUCAAGGAUUUAUGCAUUUCUCUGAUAUAUUCCAAUGGAGAUACUGACAAAACCUGAACUGUUGGUGAGUCUAGAAUAUUAAUAUUCAAACCUUUUUUAAAAAAUACGAUAUUCUAUAAUAUUUCAAUUGAUUAUACAGCAAGAGGCACAGAGGCAAUUACAAUAGAUCAGGCUUCCCCAAACUCCGGUCCUCCAGAUGUUGCUGAACUACAACUCCCAUGAUCUUCAGCCUAUUUAUUUCAUUCAUGGAAUCAUGGGAGUUGUAGUUCAGAAACAUUUGGAGGGCCAGAGCUUGGGGAAGCCUGUAAUAGAUGGUACUUACUAAUACAUCCCAUGGAAAAUUCAAUAUUUAGAAAAUGUAAAUUAUUACAAUAGACUUACAGGCAAAAAGGAUACACCAAAUAAAGAAAAUGAAACAACUAUUGAUUAUUGAAUUCAUGUGUUUCAAUCUGACCCAUUGCCACAGUUGUAUAAAAUCAAACCAUGCAGUCUGCAUUUACAAACAUUUGUGCAAAAAAUGGGUUGUUCUGAAGAACUGUGUUAAUGCAAACAUGGUACUGUGAUAGGAUGCCACCUUUAUAAAAAGUCAGUUUGUGAAAUUUCAUCCCUCCUAGAUAUUCCACGGUCAACUGUAAGUAGUAUUAUUGGGAAGUGGAAGCAUUUAUAAGAACAGCAGCAACACAUCCACGAAGCGGAAGACCAAGUAAUGUCACAGAGCAGGGUCACAAAGUACUGAGGUGCAUGGUGCGUAAAAGUGACCAAUGCUCUGCUGAUUCCAUACUUCCACUGGUAUUAAUAUUAGCACAUAAACUUUGCAGCUGGAGCUUCAUGGAAUGGGUUUCCAUUGCUGAUCAGCUGCUUGCAUGCCUCACAUCACCAAGUACAAUGCCAAGCGUCGGAUCGAGUGGUGUAAAGCACACCGCAAAUGAUCUCUGGAGCAGUGGAAAUGUGUUCUGUGGAGUGACAAAUCAUGCUUCUCUGUUUGACAGUGUGAUGGGGAAGUCUGGUUUUGGCGGAUGCAGGAGAACGUUACCUGUGUGACUGCACUUUGCCAAGUGUCAAGUUUGGUGGAGGAGGGAUAAUGGUGUGGGGCUGUUUUUCAGGGGUUUGGCCAGACCCCUUACUUUAAUUGAAGGGAAAUCUUAAUGCUUCAGCAUAUCAAGAUAUUUCGGACAAUGCUAUGCUUCCAGCUUUGUGGGAACUGUUUGGUAAAGGCUCUUCUCUAUUCCAGUAUGAACGUCCCCCAAUGCACAAAGCAGGGUCCAUAAAGACAUGGUUGGAUGAGUUUGGUGUGGAAGAACUUGCCUAGCCCACACAGAGCCCUGACCUCAACCCCAUUGAACACCUUUGGGAUAACCUAGAAUGGAGAUUACAAGCCUGUCCUUCUCGUCCAAUAUCAGUGCCUGACCUCAUAAAUGUUAUACUGGAUGAAUUGGCAGAAUUCCCACAGAAACAUUACAAUAUCUUAUGGAAUGCCUUCCCAGAAGAGUGGAAACUGUUAAAGCUGCAAAGGGAGCACCACAUACUAAUGUCUAUGUAUUUAGAAUGCUAUGUCAUAAAAGUGUAACGAUACUUACUUGGUCUUAGAACUGAUCGGGAACCUCCGAAUAGGCCGUGUGCACCGAAUGAGAUAACUGUUCGCAUGGCCCAACUCCCAGCAUUGAUAAUGCUGCUAGCAUUUGAAACACAUUUUUAAAGACACACAGGGGACGUAACGUUAUUUUAGCUCAAAUUGGUCCACGUCAGUUUGGUGUCCCCAUUUACAAUCAUGGUUUCUGUUCUCAGUACACUUUAGUGCGUUCUUUGUUUUAUUGUGGUAUUUCUGGUUUGGCCUUGGCUUUAUUGAUGAGCCUGAGUUUCUCUGUAACCCUUUUCUGACUAGUUAACCUGUUCCAUUAAUAUCCCGUUUUCCUGACUCUGGCUAGUUCUCGGUUUCACUGUUUCUCUGUUAUCCUGACCUAGACUUGUAUUUGACUACUUUUGACUUUUUUUUUUUCAAUUCUUUAUUUGUCAGAUCAUGCACAGGUUUGGUACAGAAAAAAGCUUUACCAGUAUAUAGUCGAGCAUACAGGAAAGCAUAUCAAUUUGCUUAUACAUAGGUAUUUUGUAAAGUUCUAUUGCCAGACAUGUACAAAGAGGUAUGGCAUUACUGAGUCGGUUGUUCAGAUUAACGUUGGUAGUGCUGUCGUUUGCCCAUAGAAGAAGUGCAGCUUAGUGCAACUUGGGUUUGCUUCCUGUCUGUAUGUCGGUGUUCCGUACCUAUGCCUCAGUUUAAGGCGCUAUGGUUAAGGCAUGAAUUUUCUAUUUAUAGGAGAAGAGAAACGUGAGAGGGUGAAAGGUAGUAGAGAGAGAGAAAGAGGGUGUGGGGAAAGGUACAAUAGGAGGGGGGGGGGAAUCUGCCGCUGGCGGUCGGAGCAACUGUCGUCUGUCUCUGGAUGUAGGCACGGCUCUCAGUUUUGUGUGUGCACGAGAUUAUGUCAUUCAGCGGUUUGUGUAGUCUUCCCAUGGCUCCCAGGUUUUAAGAAAUAAUGGAUAAGUGUCUCUUAGUUGUGCUGUGAGUUUGUCCAUAAGGUGGGCCUCUUUUAUAUUGCUAGUCACUCUAUCCAUUGGGGGUAGGUCGGUGUGUAACCAUGUCUGUGCCAUGGCCCGUCUGGCAGCUAAAUUUAUUUUGUUGAAGAGUUUUUGUUCCCUGUGUGUUAGGGCAUCUAGUGGCUUUGCGAUAAGGAAUGCCCCUGGGUCCGGUUGGACGUGUUUGUGUAGCACUUCUGUUUGGAGUUUGGCUAUGUCAUCCCAGAAGGUUUUUGCUUUCAGGCAUGUCCACCACAUGUGGAGGUAUGUCCCUUUGUCCCCGCACCCUCUCCAGCACACGUCUGUGGUUGUUUUACCCAUUCUACAGAGUUUGACUGGUGUGGUUACUUUUGACUUUUGACUUGUAUUUGACUACUAUUGUACGUUAAACCUGUCCACUCUUAGGAUCGGUAACACGUCUAUUUCAGUCCAGUCUGUUACUGUUAAUCUAGACUCUGUGUGUUGAGGUUAUUCCUCAUGACAAAAAGUUCCUGUUGGUGUAAUGGUGAGAUGUCACCAUACCUUUGUACAUAUAGUGUAUAUGCAAUAUGACAAUGAGGUGAUUGCAAUAAAUGAUAGUUUCAAAUAUCAGUUCCAAUAGAACCUUACAAAUGUAUCAUGGUGGCACACAGCCAUAAAGGAGGUUCUGAUACAUAUUCUGUGUAUGUAUAUUUCACUAGAUCAGAUGAGUGAGAUUUUGGGAAUAUAAUCUCCAGUCCACUUAAAUGAAAAACAUUAUUGUAUAGGUCAAUUUAAUCCAUUCCUCUGGCAUAUUAUCAGUACGGAUAGAUUAUGCCAGAUACACAAAUGCAGGUACAGAAAAAGUAUUACCACACCUUACGAUGGCCAGGCCUGAUGGUAUGCAAAUACCUCUUAGAAAGCUAUAAUGGAUAUAGGGUAAACAGGGACAAACAAAGGUCAUCCUGAACUGAAAGUAGUCAAAUACUAAGACAAUAGGUUGAUGCAGACACCAGACAGUAAUCAGGACAGGCCAAGGUUAUAGAACUGAAUAAACUGUUAAUCAAAGCUAAGUCAAUCCAGAAUCAUCGAGAAUAUUAGCAAAUGCACUUAAUGAGGUGAAGAGUACUGCGGUGUCUGAAUCCCCUGGUCUCUUCAAAGUGAGGUCAAUAUGUAAGUAACAAAGGUACUAUUUUCUCACAGGUGUGAUAUCUUUUCUCAUCACUAGAUGGGCACACUUACAGCUGAGACCAUGGAUAUAAGGCGAAUGGUUAGAUAUGCCACAGUGGAAUUUAAUGAGGGCACAAACUGUAAAUGUGCUGCUACUGGUACUCUGACACAUAGGAUUCUCAUUAAACAAUAUGGUUCUAUGCAUCAUAAAAGUUAUUUCUCCACAGCAACAUCGGUACCGAAUGUGCCGGAACAGUCCACAUAUUGGGGUACUGUCUUAGCAUAUAUAGGCCUCAGAGACCUUUCCCGUAUUUUAAAAUCUGCACACUAGGACCAGCACUUUUGGCUGGACUUGCCCCCCUAAUGUGUGGACCCAUCCCCAUUGUCAGAUAUACUGCCCACUUUGACCCACCCUCUGCAUAUCUGCACUCUUCCCUGCUCACCUCUGUUCCAGAUGGUAGACAGGGAAUAAUGUCAGGUAUGCAGCAAUGAUAUGUAAAAUACAACAUAUUCCUAGAUUGAAUAAAGGUAUGGUUUCAUUCUCUUUUCCCUCCGUUCUUUAUGCUAGUGGAGCCCCUGCCUCUAGUCUCCCUCAGUAGGACACUAUAUUUCCGACUUUUAUGCCAUUAGAGGGUUAUGUUCUCAUACAAGGAGCUCCACUAUAGGUGGUCACAGGGGUGCACACACAAGCCCUUGAUUUGCAUCCGGGCUCCUGGACUGCACCGCUGUUUUCCUUUAUCCUUUGUUGUAAAAUACAACAUAAUUAGGUUUAGGCUUAUUAGGCUUAGGCUGUAAAGCUGACAGUAAUGAACAUGCAAACCUUAACCUAGAAUGCUAUUCUGACCUUCUGAGGUUGGACAUGUCAUAUGAGCUCCUACGGAAGAUGCUGCAAACUGCAUCAUUGUCUUCACAAGACAUUGCAGAUGUAGUGGUGUACGUAAUAUACUUGUAUGUGCAGCUUCCUAUUUGGCAUUUACAGCAUCCAUCAGCCCAAACCAUUUGUAUCAAAUUAUACAUGAAACUACUGAAGGUUUAAUUAAAUAUGUAUGAGAGUAGAGGAAUGUUUAGGAGGUGGAUGAAUGCAGGACAAGAUGUUGAUUUAUUUAGUUAUUAGUCUAUGUUUUUGAGAAGGUAUUCCUACAAAGACCAUGUGGUCCAUGGUAGUUUCCCUAGGAGGUGUGUUGACAUGUAUUAUAUAUGUUGUGUAUAUACACUGGCAGGGGUGCUACACAAACCAUUCUCAUUUACGAAGCUACAAUAAUCUAGGUAAAUAAAAUAUAUAAAAAUGAUUGAAUAUUUGGUUGUCAUUGGGAUUGUAUUCUUGGCACGAGGCCCUACUAGAAUAGAUGUCUAACCAUUUUAUCCUGUGUAUAUCUCUUGUACCAUGAGCCUUGUGGACCUACCUAUUUCCACCCUAUGGUAUAUGCCACAGGAGAUAUACAACCCAGACAUUUGAAGGCUCAAUACUCUUAGGUGCCAUCACAGUUUACAGACUCACUUUCCCCAACCAGACAGUUAGCAAAUGGCCUAACUACUGCCACUGUAGUGGAACCAAUAUACUCCUGGCACACUGUGGUGGUUAUGGUGCUUGUGGUGUUCCUUACAUCCCAGUUGGCCAUGCCAAUUUAUUAUUUCCCCAAAUUACAUCCUCAGUUAAUUCUGACAUUUUACCCACCUCCCCCAAAUAUUUUUUUCGGACUGUAGGAUUGUCCUCUGCCCUCUAACAUUGUUUUAAUAUUUCUAUCAACCGGGCUGCUUACCAGUUGUUUUAGAUCUUAUUGGCAUGGUGAUGGAACACAAUGUGUGUGCUUUUGCUCACUGCACAUCUGCUGCACAUCUUUCUCCACUAAAAGGAGCACUAACAGUCAUAGCACUCAAAGAAUUUGUUCUAGACCAGGGGUAGCCAACCUUCGGCACUCCAGAGGUUGUGGACUACAUGUCCCCUGAUGCUUUGUCAGCAUUAUGGCUCUAAGAGUAUUAUGUGAGAUUUAGUCCAAAACAUCUGGAGUGCCAAAGGUUGCCUACACCUGGUCUAGAACAAAGGUUGCCUACCACUGGUUUGAGUGUUAUGACUGUUAGUGCUCCUUUCGAGGCCAAAGGAGUGAGACCGCCUCUGUGAGUUUGCUACAGGUGUGUGUGCUUACUUCAUACAGGAGGCGCAACAUUAGAAAAUAAAUUAAGCUAAAUGCCACAGCCUUAUAUGUCCUCACCAGUGGAUAUUUAGUUUUUUCUGUGAGGACCAAAAUAACUUAAAGGAACACUAUAUGGUUAAAACCACCAUCUAGGCUCCCUGUCCCACUUCCCCCCUUAAGAAUAGUAAAAUCUUACUUUUAUUCAUGUCUGCUACUGCUUACUCUGCCUGAUCUGCCUGCUUAGCUUACAUCAUCAGAAGUGAUUCUCUGAGCCAGUAACAAUGCUUUCACAUAGGAUUGUCUGAGACUGUCAAGGAGGCAGUUCAGGGGCAGAGAUUGCACAAGUCAAACACAGCCCUGGCCAAUCAGCAUCUCCUCAUAGAGGUGAAUUGAAUCAAUGCAUCUCUAUGAGGAAAGUUCAGUGUCUCCAUACACUGAAUGGCAGUGCCGCACAUUGUGCAGUACUGACCCAGGAAGCACCUGUAGUAGCCAUAUGAGGAGUGGCGAGUGGAGAUAUCCCUAGGCCGUAAUUUAAACACUGUCUUGCCUGAAUAAAUACAAUAAGCUGUGGUUGUUGUGGUGACUAUGGUGUCCCUUUAGCUGCACCUUGGCACAUUUUUUUCCCAUAUUUGUCAUACUGUACCAGAAAAGGGAAGCUGAUGACAAGGAAAUAUGAUACACAUCGAAUGAUCUUACUGCCAGUGAAUUUGUUUUCAGAGCCAAUAAUAUUCACCGGUGAUUAUGUUCUUAAAGCGGCACUGUCAUGCCGAAUUCUGUUUUUUUUUUAACCCCUCUCCCGCCUCCACUACAUCCAAUUGACUCACUAGUCACCCCCAAAUGCCCCUAAGCCCCCCACAUUACCUAUUUUUUAAUCCUUAUUUUCUGCCCCGAUCUAUAUUCAGGGCGCAGCCAUCUUUGUGUGGGUAGGUGAAGUCCCUCAGGGACACGUCAUCAGCCCACACUAGACAGACUGUGAGAUUCCCGCACAUGCCCAGUGAAACACCUGGACAUGCGAACGGGAAUUUCAUCUAUUCACUCAUUCAUCAGACAGACGAAUGAGUGAAUAGAAAUAUCAGCCGAACAAACAAACAAACACAAUGUAUCAGUGUUAGUUUGUUCGUGCAGGUUAUUACAAGGAGGGAGCUACCGGCACGCAGCUCCCUCCUUGUAAUAUGUAACUAUAGAAGCGGCAGGGAGCAGUGCUCCCCACCACUUCAUAACCCCCCCCCAGGUCCCCCUCUCACUCUAUGGGGGUCAAUAUGACCCCCAUAAUAGCACAAGGGAGAUAAAAAUCUCCAAAAUGCCUGUGGCUCUGUGUCAUUUUACACAGCGUGGGAAAGUUCUUUUGAAUUUUCCCACGCUGUGUAAAAUGACAAAGAACACUCUGAUUGGCUUAAACCCACCAAUCAGAGUGUUCUUAGCCUAAUUGCAGGGCGGGGCAAGGCUUUAUAAGCCUUCCCCCGCUCUGCGGAGCUCAGUCUGCGCGGAGCCCUCCAUGGGUGAAGAUGGAUUAUUUUUUUGCGCUCGGGUUUUUUUUUUUUUCGUCGGGUUUUUUUUUUUGCGCUCGGGAUUUUUAUUUUAUUUUCAAUUCGACGGUUAUGAUGGUUUUUUAUUUGGCCUUUUUUGGGGCUGAAAAAGAAGAUUUGAGAAAAAAGAAGACGUCGAAUGGUAAGUUUAAUUUUAUUUUACAGGUUAGUUAUUUUAUCCCCCCCUCACUAUUUUUUAGGGUGAGGGGGGUAGGUAGGGACUUGUUUUUUUUUGGGUGGGGGUGGGUGACUAGGGGCUUGGGGACCCCUAGUCACCUUGGGGGGGGGGUAAUUGACUUAGGGCCCCCACCCGCCGCCCAGGGGUGGGGGCGGGGGGGGGGAGGACAGUAGGUCCCCCCCCUCAUUAUCUUCAUGGCCCCCACCCGCCGCCCAGGGGUGGGGGCCGGGGGGGGCAGUAGGUCCCCCCCCAUUCUCAUUAUGGCCCCCACCCGCUGCCCAGGGGUGGGGGCUGGGGGGGCAGUAGGUCCCCCCCAUUCUCAUUAUGGCCCCAACCCGCCGCCUGGGGGUGGUUGCCGGGGGGGGCAGUAGGUCCCCCCCAUUCUCAUUAUGGCCCCCACCCGCCGCCCAGGGGUGGGGGCCGGGGGGGGCAGUAGGUCCCCCCCCUCAUUCUCACUAUGGCCCCCACCCGCCGCCCAGGGGUGGGGGCCGGGGGGGGCAGUAGGUCCCCCCCUCAUUAUUGCCCCCACCCGCCGCCCAGGGGUGGGGGCCGGGGGGGACAGUAGGUCCCCCCCCUCAUUCUCACUAUGGCCCCCACCCGCCGCCCAGGGGUGGGGGCCGGGGGGGGCAGUAGGUCAUUUGGUCUCCCCCCUUAUUUUACUUUAGGGCCCCCACCCGUCGUUUAGGGGUGGGGGCCAAUAGUUUUUUUUACAGUGAGCAGCCACAGGCUGCUCACUGUUUACCAGAAAUGCCCCUACUCGCAGUAUAGCGAGUAGGGGCAUAUUACUUACUAAUACCAAGUAAUUUUUACUUGGUAUUAGUAAAGUUGGCUGAAAGACCAAUUUAGGUCUUUCAGCCUUUUAGUAGAUAACUCCCUGAUACCAUGGGAAUUAGGGAGUUAUCUACUAAGCGGCUGCAAGAUGCAGCCACAGCAAGAAUAGGAUCCGAGUUUCAUUCAUUCGAAUGAAAUUCUGAUCCGAAUAAAGUGCCGAAUUGCAUUCUAAAAGAAACGAACAUACUGUUGUCAUUCAGUUAGAACGCAAUUCGGCAGUUUUGUGUAAAAUGACAGGAAGCAUUGUGGGAACACUGAGGAAAGCUAGGGAUCAUGGGAAAAUUGCUCUGACCAGCGGAAAUGAAGCACACUUUGCUCCUCCGCUGGUCAGAGCUGGUCAAGCGGAGGAAUCCCCCAUAAGGCAAAGAGUCUCUACUUUGUCUUAUGAUUUUAAAGAAAACUAAAGAAGACAGGAAGAAAAGAAUAACAGAUCCUGAGAGAAGGGGAGAAGAGGAAGAGAUUGAGGAAAGGUAAGUUCGGCAUGACAGUGCCGCUUUAAUGACUGAAAUAUGUUCAUAAGAUAUACGUGGGAAACACAAUUACAGGGAAUCAUAAACGCGCAAAAAGUAAAAGAGAAUAGAAUAGAAUUGACUCAAUUCAUUUUAAGUGCCAUAUUAAUGGAUGACACAAUCCUCUGAAAGAUCAAAAGCCUGCACUUCAAUUACAAGCAUGUGCUCUUCAAGAGGGAAAACCAGUCCGCCUGACCCAAAAUGUGCCUGAAAAUAAGGUUUAAAAAAAUAUAUUCCAGAAGGAACAUCCAUCUGGUCAAAAUCCAAGAAUAAAGUUGUGCUAUUGUUUGCUUGGGCCUUGAUUUAAUAUUUUUGAAUACGCUUUUCAAAUGAUUUAAAAUCUUGAAAAACAUUUCAAUAUAAUUUUCUUUUUAUAUUUCAAUAAUUUGAAGAAAAAAAAACAUUUUAAAAGUGUUUCCAAUAAAAUAAAUUUGAGGCCAUAAUUAGUUAAACAAACGUUAAUUUUAAGUGUAAUAACAACAAUUUUAAAUAACAAAUGUUGCAGCAAAAAAUGUAAUUUAAAAUGUUUUCUCCCAUGCGUAGACUUGUUUAAAACUCUCUUAGUAACUUCUUCAUGAAACAACUAAAGGAUGAGUAGAAAUAAAAUGCUUCCAGAGGCUCCAGAAUCACCAAUAAGGCAGAUAUAACAUUUUGUAUACUUUCUCAAGACCCACAAAGUUGGACCUUCAGGUGCAACCUAGAGAGGUUGAUUUUUAAUACAUAUUUUACGUUACCUUUGGAUCAGGUAAGUGAAAGCUUAGGCAACCCUUAACUUCUUACUCCCAUGAUAUAAUCCCAUAUUUAACCACUAUUAAACUGACAUAUACCCCCUCACAUAUUUUAUUAUUGUAGGGAGUAUGCCAUUUUAAAAAAUAAAAAAGUUUUAUUCUAACUUUUUUUUCAGGUGUUUUGUGAGUAUUGUGAAUCAAGUACUUUGAAAUGGUUGAAGGAAUUAUUUAGAUUGCUCAUGGGUAACAAAGGUUAAUUAGUGUUCAAUAAAAGGUCUUCUAGGUUAUGAAAUACAUAUUUUGUGAUGCAUUAACAGUACUUUACUAUUUUCAAAAAAUAAUUUCCCAAUUGCCUUAAUUUAUCAAUUUUCUUAGCUGCAAAACUUGCUUUUUUUUUCCCAGUAUGAACAUCCUUUAUUUGUGCUCUUUUCAAUCAAAGACUCUAUAUAGAAAAGCAUUGUGGAUACAGGGUGCUUAAUAUAACAUAUUAUGAACACUUACUCGAAUAUUAUUUUAGUAAAUGUGCCCCAUACACAUUUAGAAGCUAUAAUACAUACAAUAAAUAAAUAUUUAUAUAAAAAAAUACAUAAUCUAUAAUUAAAUACAUUCUGUAACUUUUAAAAUUAUAUGACAAAAUGUAUUUACAAUAAUAAUUACAAUAAUGUAAAAGGUUCCAAAACUGCAGGCUUUGAAUAAUUCCAUUUUCUUCUUGGGUUGAUCUCUAGAGGCUUUGGUGGUUUCUUCAUUCUUCAUGUGAGAUAUUUAUCUUAUCUCACACAGGAGGCUGCUGGUAGGUAGCAAUGCUUUAGCAGACAAUUUACAGACCUGCGAAGGACUAAUUCCUCAGAGCAGUAAGAUAAGAAGGACCCUGUUCACUUCCAAUGUAAGUCCUAUAGUUGAAUAUGUUACUGAUGUUGAACCUAAACUAGGAAGCUAUUGACAUAUCACUUCAGGAUGUGUGGUUGAAAGCCUUGGGGUGCAUACAUAAAAUAGUUUAGCUCCUAAACAGUAGAGAACUAAUGAUGUUAAGGAAUAUUGUUUUUAUAGAUAGCGCUGGGUUACAUUUACUAUUGUGGAAAAUGGAGCAUUUACUUUUUAAAGAAAUUACAUUUUGAAUUAAGGUAAAAAGAUUUUUUUUAAACUGGGGGCUCAAGUUUUUCAAUUUGGCACUAAGGAAGUGUUUGUUUUGGAUGGGGUUAAAUGUAGAAUUAUAGAAAAAAAGAUGUUCAUGGCACGUGGUGUUUAAAGUGGUAUUUACAAUGUACUCAUUCUCCUAUCUUGCCUGUAGUCCAGUCAGCCUCCUAUAGUUAAUUGGUGAUCUCUAGUAGCUGUUAUACAGUGUGUAUCAAUUAGUGAUGUCCCUGCUCCUCUUGCGAGGCAUUUCCUGUAUGAGAGGCUGUUAGUGGGCAGAUGGGAAGUGAUCCCUUCCACUUCCUGUCCAGCCUCACACACAGACACUGGAGGAGCUGGAACAGCCCCAGUUUUACACCUUCUAUUACUGUACUUACAGCUCUGCUAUAAAGCAUAGGAGGGCGACAGGAUUACAAAAGACACUGGCCAAGGCUCCAGGUAUUUAUCCACCCCUAUCAGCUCACUUAAACUCCAAAAAUCAAGUGUCCACCACAGGUCAUGUGCCUGCAGACAGGCACAUAGUCUGCCUAAUGGGAAAUCCGUCUCUGCCAACAGCAAGUGGACAAGUUAAAAUAAGUGUAAAUAUUACACCAGCUAUAAGUGUAAGUGUAAAUAUAUUUCUCUAUAUUGAACUACAAUGAUUUGUAUAGAGUGCAAUUGACAAAGUGUUUAUAAAUACAGGGUGCCAUUUUUAUGUGUGUGAAUAUAUUUGUACCAUGUGGUAGUGUGUGUGAAUGUGGAGUGUAUUUUUCAAAUAUAGCUCUGUGUGAAUGUGAGGUUAUCUUUGUGCAGAGCAGCUAUAAGUGAGUGUGGGAUAUAUUUUAAAAUAAUAGAUCAGGGUGGUGCAGUAGACAUUGCUUACCUAGAUUUCAGUAAGGCUUUUGACACUGUUGCACAUAGAAGGCUUAUCAAUAAAUUGCAAUCUUUAAGUUUGGAUUCCAAUAUUGUUGAAUGGGUAAGGCAGUGGCUGAGUGACAGGCAACAGAGGGUUGUAGUCAAUGGAGUACAUUCGAAGCUUGGGCUUGUCACCAGUGGGGUACCUCAGGGAUCUGUACUUGGACCCAUUUUCUUUAAUAUUUUUAUUAGUGAUAUUGCAGAAGGUCUUGAUGGUAAGGCAUGCCUUUUUGCUGAUGAUACUAAGAUAUGUAACAGGGUUGAUGUUCCAGGAGGGAUAAGCCAAAUGGCAAAUGAUUUAAGUAAACUAGAAAAAUGGUCAAAAAAGAGUUGUGAAAACUGACAUUAAAUGUGGAGAAGUCCAAGAUAAUGCUUCUUGGAUGUAAAAACCCAGGGGCAGAGUACAGAAUAUUUUAUAGAGUCCUAACCUCAACAUCUGAGGAAAGGGAUUUAGGGGUGAUUAUUUCUGAUGACUUAAAGGUAGUGUGAGCGUAAAGGUGGAAUAGUGGUUGAUGGGAGAUACAUCAGACCUGAUUUGCUAAACAGCAACCAGAGGAUUUUUCAGUUAAAUGCCCCAGGGAGAGAUGUUAAAGUUUGCAAUAUGCAUAGCUGAUGCUCUGCAAAACAUGGUAUGGGUCCCUGGGGCGGAGUAUUUGGAGAGCAGGGUGGGCCAAUGCUCCAACAGCACUAGUUGCUGUAUAACAGACCACAGCUUGGAUCUGAUUUUAAGAGUUAACUAAUUGGCACUCACCUGUAGCUACUCAAUUAGUAGACAGGCCUUUAAAAGAAGAGAGCAGCCUGCUGCAGAGUGAGGGAGAAAAAGACAGCUAGGAGAGAUUGUGUUUAUUGCAAAGACAUUGCUUUUGUUUGGAAAAUUGGUAAGUGGGAAAGCCACCCAAUUGCAGAUAGCAAUUACUGUCUAGUAAGAGCUCAAGUAAGAGCAAGGGAUUUUGUUUGUUUUUGUUAUUAUUUAAAGUACCUGCUUUCUUACUGAAUAAAAAGGAAAACUGAGCUGAAGGUGUCCUGGACUUUGUAUACCCUAGAAGGCUGUGGUUACUGCAAGAUCGGUGACAAUCCUACCUGUAAAAGAGGUGGUUUGUUACAUAUGGUGGAGAAUGCGGGCAGCCACGUAAGCCUGAGGGUAGAAGUCAUUUAAAGCUCAACAUGGAGGAUGUUAUCAAGGCUCUGAUCCAAUCCACCUCUGUGCAACAGGAGACUAACAGGAGAGCUGCAGAAAACAGUGCAGCCCUGCAACAACUGGUGCUGGCCCAGGCAGAGUGUGCUAAAGUCCUGGCCAAAACACAAAUGGAGUGCACUGAGUCCUUGGUGAAACAGCUUGUUGUGACACAAGCGGAGAUGUUUAAAGUAGCCCGUGAGGAGCAGCAAAAAGUCACCCAGGGACUACAACAGGAAAUCCAAGCUAUCUCUGAAAAACUGAAUGGAGACCCUGAUGGAAGAUACCAGGGGCCAAAGGUGAUUCGGGCGAGCCACUAUCUUCAGAAAAUGACCGCAUCAGAUGAUGUUGAGGCGUACCUUCUGGCAUUUGAGCGCACUGCUGAGAGGGAGGGAUGGCCGGCUGGUGAGUGGGCAAGCAUACUGGCACCGUUCCUAAGUGGAGAGCCGCAGAAGGCAUAUUAUGACCUAGAACCAGCCGAUGCAAGUAUCUACAGCAAAUUGAAAGCUGAAAUCUUGGCACGACUGGGUGUAACCUCUGCAGUACGUGCCCAAAGGUUCCACUCAUGGUCAUAUUCUUCAGACAAAGCCGCACGUUCCCAAAUGUUUGACCUCAUACACCUUGCACGGAAAUGGUUACAACCUGAAAUCCAUUCAGCUAGCCACAUUGUGGAAACCUUAGUAAUGGACCGGUUUUUGCGUGGUUUACCAGCUUCCCUGCGUCGCUGGGUCAGCCAAAGUGACCCCCAUACAGCUGACCAACUGAUUGCCUUGGUGGAAAGAUAUGUGGCUGCAGGAGAACUGCUAUGUCCUACUUCACAGGCAAACCCUCGCAAUCCUAAGCCCCAAGAUUCUGCAAGACCUGGUAAGACUGUUCAAGGUUUAAGGGGAGCUGAAGAACUGCAGCUCUAUACACAAAACACCAGGGGGCAUCCAGGUCUAAUAGGCCUGGGAAAGGAACUAAUUGGUGGUCAGAUUGUACUGUCAAAUGUUUCAAGUGCAAAGAGGAUGGUCAUAUGGCCAAAGACUGUCCAUUUAAGGAUGAACCUAUGGAAUGCAAUAUGGGCAAAGAUGAGGGAACACGUUCAUUUUUGCUCAAUUGUUAUGGUACUGUUAACAAUGACUAUGAUAAUAACGCUCAUAAAUGCUGUGUAACUGUGAAUGGAAAAAUGUCUAAAGCAUUACUUGAUUCAGGUAGUAUGGUUACGUUGGUAGCAGAGUCUAUAAUACCUUGUGUAAAACCUGAUCAUGUACAGAAAAUAGGCAUUAUCUGUGUUCAUGGUGAUAAAAAGGAAUACCCCACUGCGGAAGUAAAUAUUGGAACCCAGUAUGGGGAUUUAAAGUACCGAGUGGGUGUAGUACCUAGAUUAGCCCAUGAGGUAGUGAUCGGUAGAGACUUUCCUCAUUUUCUAAAAUUAUGGGCAGCUUUACAAAAGACAGACCAAAAUUUAUCAGAAAUGAGUCAGUCUGUCGAGGAUAAUGUGUUCCCUUUUUCCGAUAUUGACUUGGGUUUUGACCACUGUGACGGAAAAAUAAGAAAAAAGAAAAAAUACUGCCCUAAACCAGUAUUAAUAGGAGAUAACCCAGCUCAAACUAGUGAGGAGCCUACUAAUACUGCAGACAAGGAUAAGGACUUAAUUGAUAUUGGAAUUAGUCCAGGUAACUUUAAAAGCGCUCAGUGGGAAGAUCCCACUUUAGUGACAGCUAGAAAUGAUAUUAAAGUUGUAAACGGGGUUGCUAAUCAGCCAGGAGAAGCACUGCCGUUCCCCUAUUUUGAAGUACAAAAUGACCUAAUUUACCGUGUAGAAAAAAAGGAUUCAGACAUCAUUAAGCAGCUGUUGGUUCCUCAGACUUACCAGAAUAUAGUGCUAAAGUUGGCUCACAGCCACAUAUUAGGGGGACACUUGGGAGUCGAAAAAACUAGAGAGAGAGUCCUUAGAAGGUUUUACUGGCCUGGAGUGUUUGCUGCUAUUACAAACUAUUGCUCCUCAUGUCCUGAGUGCCAGUACAGGGCUCCUUUCAAGACUUUUCGUAGUCCACUUGUACCCUUACCCAUAAUUGAUGUGCCUUUUGAAAGGAUCGCUAUGGACUUAGUGGGGCCACUGGUAAAGUCCGCUAGGGGACACCAAUAUAUAUUAGUCAUCUUGGACUAUGCAACUCGCUACCCUGAGGCCAUUCCCUUGCGUAAUACCUCUGCAAAGUUAAUAGCUAAGGAACUUAUGUUGAUGUUCAGUAGGGUGGGUAUCCCUAAAGAAAUACUGACAGACCAGGGGACCCCGUUCAUGUCCAGAGUCACAAAAGAGUUGUGCAGGCUCUUGCAGGUUAAACAUCUUAAGACCUCAGUAUAUCACCCACAGACUGAUGGUUUAGUAGAGAGGUUCAACAAAACCCUUAAGAGUAUGCUACGCAAGGUAAUUGAUGCAGAUGGAAGAAAUUGGGAUUUUUUAUUGCCAUAUCUACUGUUUUCCAUUAGGGAAGUUCCACAGGCCUCCACGGGCUUCUCUCCUUUUGAAUUAUUAUAUGGAAGACAUCCCAGGGGAAUAUUGGAUAUUGCUAAGGAGACCUGGGAACAGGAGACUACUCCUCACAGGAGUGUAAUUGAGCAUAUAGCUCAAAUGCAGGAUAGAAUGGCCACCAUCAUGCCUAUUGUCAGGGAACACAUGCUGGAAGCCCAGCAGGCUCAGAAAAACAGCUAUAACCGUAAUGCUAGAGUCAGAGUGUUCCAACCUGGAGACAGGGUAUUGGUUCUGGUCCCUACUGUGGAGAAUAAGUUCCUUGCGACUUGGCAUGGACCCUAUGAAAUAAUAGAGAAAGUGAGUGAUGUCAAUUAUAAAGUCAGACAACCAGGAAGAAGAAAGCCUGAACAGUUGUAUCAUAUAAAUCUGUUAAAGCCAUGGAAGGACAGGGAGGUCCUGGUUGCUUUAAAACCUUCAGAACCUCCUAUAGUAGAGCCAGAGGUGAACGUAUCUGAGACUCUGUCUGUACAUCAAAAGCAAGAGGUCAGAGAUUUCAUCAGAAGAAAUAGGGAUGUUUUCUCGGUAGUUCCAGGAAAGACUAAAGUGAUUAAACAUGACAUAAUAACCGAACCAGGGAAAAGAGUUAACCUCAAACCCUAUAGAAUUCCUGAGGCCCGGAGGGAGGUUAUAAACUUAGAGGUUGAGAGCAUGUUAAAACUUGGAGUCAUUGAAGAAUCCCAGAGUAACUGGAGUAGUCCUAUUGUAUUGGUGCCAAAACCUGAUGGCACAUGGAGGUUCUGCAAUGACUACCGCAAGUUAAACGCCAUCUCAAAAUUUGAUGCUUACCCAAUGCCAAGAGUUGAUGAGUUAAUAGAAAGACUGGGCAAAGCUCGUUAUCUAACAACCUUGGAUUUAACAAAGGGUUACUGGCAGGUCCCUCUCACUGAAAGAGCCAAAGAAAAGACAGCCUUUUCAACACCCAGUGGCCUGUUUCAGUACACUGUAUUGCCAUUUGGGUUACAUGGGGCACCUGCCACAUUCCAACGAAUGAUGGACAGAAUUCUUAAACCUCAUGUUCGUUAUGCUGCAGCAUACUUGGAUGAUGUCGUCAUCCACAGUGCAGACUGGGAAUCCCACCUCCCUAAAGUUCAAGCGGUACUUGAUGCUAUCCGCUCAGCAGGCUUAACUGCCAAUCCUUCCAAGUGUACGAUUGGUUUAGAGGAAGCUAAGUACUUAGGUUAUUCUAUUGGGAGGGGUUUGGUUAAACCACAGGAAGCCAAAGUAGAAGCCAUACAAAAAUGGCCACAGCCCCUUACAAAGAAACAAGUAAAGGCAUUUUUGGGUUUAAUUGGAUAUUAUAGGCGGUUCAUUCCAGAUUUUGCUACCAUUGCUGCACCCCUAACAGACCUUAUUAAAGCAAAAUCCCCAGUCAUAGUUAAAUGGUGCCCUGAGGCAGAAAAGGCUUUUAAGAGUCUGAAGGAAGCUAUCUGUAGCCAUCCUGUCUUGGUGACCCCAGAUUUUUCCAGGGAUUUUAUAGUUCAGACAGAUGCUUCUGAUGUGGGCUUGGGGGCUGUUCUUUCACAGGAAUACCAGGGUGAAGAACACCCUGUUUUCUUUUUGAGCAGAAAGUUAAACCCACAUGAGAAGAACUACUCUAUUGUUGAAAAAGAGUGUCUUGCUAUUAAGUGGGCAUUAGACUCUCUUAAAUACUACCUACUAGGCAGAAAGUUCCGAUUGAUAACGGACCAUGCUCCUCUGACGUGGAUGUAUCAGAACAGGGAAAGUAACUCCAGAGUAACCAGAUGGUUUUUGAGUUUGCAAUCUUUUAUUUUCACUGUGGAACACAGGGCUGGUCUGCAACAAGGUAAUGCUGAUGGGCUUUCGAGGGUUCACUCCCUGAUUUCCAUGGUCGCUCAAACCCAUGGGUAUGAGCUGGGGGGGAGGAUAUGUGAGCGUAAAGGUGGAAUAGUGGUUGAUGGGAGAUACAUCAGACCUGAUUUGCUAAACAGCAACCAGAGGAUUUUUCAGUUAAAUGCCCCAGGGAGAGAUGUUAAAGUUUGCAAUAUGCAUAGCUGAUGCUCUGCAAAACAUGGUAUGGGUCCCUGGGGCGGAGUAUUUGGAGAGCAGGGUGGGCCAAUGCUCCAACAGCACUAGUUGCUGUAUAACAGACCACAGCUUGGAUCUGAUUUUAAGAGUUAACUAAUUGGCACUCACCUGUAGCUACUCAAUUAGUAGACAGGCCUUUAAAAGAAGAGAGCAGCCUGCUGCAGAGUGAGGGAGAAAAAGACAGCUAGGAGAGAUUGUGUUUAUUGCAAAGACAUUGCUUUUGUUUGGAAAAUUGGUAAGUGGGAAAGCCACCCAAUUGCAGAUAGCAAUUACUGUCUAGUAAGAGCUCAAGUAAGAGCAAGGGAUUUUGUUUGUUUUUGUUAUUAUUUAAAGUACCUGCUUUCUUACUGAAUAAAAAGGAAAACUGAGCUGAAGGUGUCCUGGACUUUGUAUACCCUAGAAGGCUGUGGUCACUGCAAGAUGGGUGACAAUCCUACCUGUAAAAGAGGUGGUUUGUUACAGUAGGCAGACAAUGUAAUAGAGCCGCAGGAAAUGCUAGCAGAAUUCUUGGUUGUAUAGGGAGAGGUAUUAGCAGAACACUGGUGAGACCUCACUUGGAGUAUUGUACGCAGUACUGGAGACCAUAUCUUCAGAAGGAUAUUGAUACUUGUGACAGAUCUCUCUGUCUUAAACUUACAGAGACUUAUUCUUCAUUUGUUAAUUUAAUUCGUGUUUUCCCGUUCAUGUGGACUCUAUACCGUUCCCUUUUUAACUACCGAAUAAAACUCUCAAACGGCCGACCACCCAGUAGAGAAGUGUGCUGCUGGUUAACCUCUUGGCCCCAUUAGAAAGUUGAGGUUAACCACAGACACCUCCUAAUUGAUGCUGUAGCUGGGUGGCCGCCAUUCGUAUACCAAACACGAGGUCGUGGCCAUUUUAAAUCCACGAAAGCUCAGUGGUGUUCAACGGCCAACUCACGGAACUCAAAACGGACACUUUUUGGCACGAACACCGUUGAAGCUGCCGACCUCCCUUCUCCUUCGGUAGAAAUCCGCGAAUGUCCAUCUGUUCGGUACUUUGUGAACGAAUAAACCAUACCCCAGAUAGCCAUGCCGUGGAGCCCAUUCGUAUGGAGAACAGACUUUGUGAAUAAAAGGGAAUCAUGACAUGUCACACAUGUCAUGUGUCCUUAAGGGGUUAAAAGAAGAAAACCUACCACAACAAGAGGACCUAGUCUUAAAUUAGAGGGGCAAAGGUUUACAAAUAAUAUCAGGAAGUAUUACUUUACUGAGAGGGUAGUGGAUGCAUGGAAUAGCCUUCCAGCUGAAGUGUUACAGGUUAACAUAGUGAAGGAGUUUAAGCAUGCGUGGGAUAGGCAUAAGGCUAUCCUAACUAUAAGAUAAGGCUAGGGACUAAAGAAAGUAUUUAGAAAACUGGCAGAUUAGAUGGGCCGAAUGGUUUUUAUCUGCCAUCACAUUCUAUGUUUCUAUUUUUGCACACGUAGUAUCUGUGUGUGAAUGUGGGCAUGUACGCAUACGUAGUUUCAUAGAUUUUCACAUACAGAUCCCACACAUAGAUAAACACACUAUUUAGCCACUUCCUUGGUUCCAUAUCUAGUGGCUGCAGGUGGGUGGCUUCCCCUGGGGUCCAGGGGGAGCUUCAUGAGGUAGAUGGAAGCAUACGGAGGUCCAGCGGAAGCUGACUGGGGCAGAUGGGAGCUGGUUGGCUCUCUUUCACAACUGUCCACUUCUCACCAUCUCUAUCUCUCCCCCUUCUCUCUCCCAGUAAGUGUGUGCCAGAAAGAAGUGGUGUAUAAUCACUUAUCCCAGCCCAGCUCAAUGCAUGGGAGUAGUAGACCUCAAUGGUGCUUUGUUCUAUGUACAACAUAAUACUUACCUCUCCUUGGUUCUUACCAGAGAUAAUUCUACUUAAAUGCACUGUGAAGUGGAAUUUACAGCACAAACGUCAUCAGAAGGGCAGAGGUAUCCAAAUGGGGCACUUAAGAUGGUGGUUAGUGGAAUUUCUUUUUAGAUGUGAUCAGAAACCAAAAAAAAGCAAAAAAUCUGGCCAGUUAAUUUAGUGUUUCUGGUGACCAUUAAAUUAAAGUGUUCUUAGGGAUUAAUAAAGAUGACAGGGCAUCCUUAAAUAUUUGUCAGAGGAUUUUUAGGUACUUAGUGCAUGUCAGAGGAGACCAUAAAUAAGUGUAAUUAAGCAGGUUCUGUGUUUUUUCAUGAUUUUUUAGGAAGUUUUUAUUUUUCCUGACAUGAUAGUUAAUAAAUUAAAGGAUAAUGUACACUAAUAAUUGUAAAAAAAUAAAAAGUUGGACAACGUAAAAAUAAGUUCUGUUUCCAUGACAAAAUCUUUACGAUCCUUUUAAAGUCAUGUUGUAUCAUUAUGACAGUUUUACAGAAUUGCGAUUGUGUUAGUGGGAAAAUAUAUUUAUAUUCUUCUUGAGUACCUUUUGUGAGCCAGAAAAGGUUAUUUGCCGGUUACUUUUAAUUUAUCAUUAACCUUUUUCAAAUCAUUGAAGUUUGCAAAGGGGUUUAAUUUUGUGAUGAUAACACGUAGAAAAUGACAAAGAGUAAAGGUAAAUGGAAAAGUAUGUUGGGAGUUUUUUCUCAAUAAAUUAUAAAUUUAAAUGACAUAAGGAUGCAAAAAUGCAAAACAAAGACUAUUGUGUUUAUUAAAGGGUUACCCCAAGUACCAUGACAACUCCAGUGAUAUGAAGAGAUCAUGGUGCUUCGAGUCUGCAUUUCGCUAUGAAACGCUGCCCAUAUGGAGAUUAACCCCUCUGCUGCUGGAGAUAUAACUCCACCUCCAGUGGCAUCACUGGGAUUUAAUCUGCCAGCCAGGAACUAGAGUUCUAGGCUGACUAAUCUAAAAUUUGGGCAUAUCUACACUCAUUGGCUGAAAGUGGUCAGCUGAUGCUCUCAGCCAAUGUUUGGCUGUCAGGACUGGCAUCUAGCUCUGCAGAAUCCAGAUACAUGUCACAGCCAGCUUUAAAGAAGAUCAGUCCUCUGGCUGGACGAGUUAAGAUGUCAAACCGUACUCCUGGCAUCAUAACCUCCACAGCGGGCUGUAUUGGUUAUGAUGUUUGGAGUAAUCCUUUAACUUAAUUGAGAAUUGUGUAGAAUUGACAAGAGUAUUGUAGUAUAUUAAAGAGAAACAGUCAUAUUAAUAAAAACAGAUGUGUUUCACUGAACAUUUUUGACCUAAAAUUAAUAUUUCAAUUCUCUUCAGUUCCGUGUUUUAUGAAUCAACCCAACAGAAAGAAAAACAAUGGGGAAAAAAAUGUGGCAUUAAGUCGCUAAGGGGAGAAAAACUUAGAGCCCUCCAUUAUGUCAGUAAAGGAACUUUCACUAACACAUUCAGUUAAUAACUCGACCUGAACAGAUUGCAGUUAUUGUGUCUGCCGUUGCUCCAUAUAAAACUAAUGCAGUUAUGUGCAAGCUGUAAAAUUAUUAUAUUGCUGUUGUGGUAGAUAUAGGUGAUAUUGGAGUGUCAAGGUACUGUUCUAAAUAGAAAUAUAACGAUUUAUAAAUGUCGUUGAAAGAAUGCACACAUUGUUCAGCUACUUGGAGAGACCAAGGGAUGGUGAGAGGUGUUUCGCGAUUUAUGUGUAAAACAAGACUCUGCUGUGGUAAAAUGGUUAGGGUAUGAAAAUAUUAUUCAGAAAUAAAAUAUUAUAUGUAAUAUGCAUAGUAUUUUAAUAUUAACAUAUACAUUAUAUUAACAUAUACAUUAUACACACAUAUAUACAUACUUGUUGCAGAUAUAUAUUAUAACUGAGUCUUGGGAGAUUCAUUAUGGGUAAUUUCACGAGAGGAAUUUUAUUUUCAAAAUGGAGACAACUGUAAUUUCAGGAAAUUCCCCGGUUAAUUGGCCGCCACGUUCGCCCAACCUUUCAGCUCCCGAUUACUUCCUGUGGGGUUAUCUGAAGAAGCGGGUGUACGUGAACGAACUGCGUACACUUGAUCAGCUCAAGGAGAAUAUCCGUGCAGAAAUUCCAGUGCUAGAGCCUUAAACAUUAACUAGUGUUAUAAACAAUACAAUUGAAAGAACUGACAUUUUACGAGGCGGCAAAUGGAACUCAUUUAAAAGAUGUCCUCUCAAUAUGUUAAGCAUUCAUUGUAUGUAAUAUCUUUGAAAUUGAUUCAAUAAUAAGAAGCUAUUGACUCCUUAAAACUUACUCUGAAUUUUGGCCAACUGUGUAUAUAUAAAGAUUUUAUUAUUUUUUUGUGAAUAAAUGUUUGUAGAAAAAAUUGUCUUUGUGUGUAUUGUCACAUAGGUUAAUAUUUAUUUUUUGUGCAUCUCCAAACUAACCAUGGCACCAUGGUAGCAGCCAUAUUCAUAGAUCCUCUGAAUGGUUUCAGAUGUCCAAGAUGGCUGCUCAAACACAAAGAACGAGUUAGCUGUAGUCAUAAAUGUGUAUUUAGUAAUGUAAAUAUAAAAUUAGGCACAACUAAGCUAUAAUAAAUGAAGACUUUAUAAAUAAGUAUAAGUAAAAAAAAAAAAAAAAAAAAUUCCAUUAAGAAUGGGGGGAUUUAUAACAAGUAAUUUGAGAUAACAAUAUUUUUUUAAUUCCAAAAGUUCCAGAAGCCCCAAGAGCAUUAUCCUCCAUUUCGAUUUGGGACAGUCCCUAAUGGCAGCACAGAGAGAAAUAUUCGCAGCAACUACCCUGACAUGCAUGCCUACAUGGUUCGCUACAACCAACGCUCUGUGGAAGAUGCCCUUGCCAGUCUGAAGACAGGGUAAAUAUACUCGUACUGCGCAACAUAGCGGACGGGAAAGUUUAUAUGCUUAAUGUAUUGCUGUAUAAGAAUGUUCCACUUUCAGAUAUAAUUUAUUUUUAUUUUUAUUGCUCAGUUAUCAAAGCUAAAUUUUCUGCACAAAUACAGGGUUUGACUAUUUAGCAGCUUUUUUACAUUGUUUUAAAAAUAUUGGUCUUGUUAUUCUAUUUGACUGCUGUUAACAAGAAAACAUAUAAAUGGAAUUAUUGCAUCAGAACUGUACAGAGACCCUGUAUAUUUUAUACAUAAAUAUUUCUAUAGCAUCUGUUGUAGUCAGAAUAUUACUAUUUUAUAUACCAUUUGAAUAUGAAAAGCUUGAUUCUAUACCAGGCAUAGCCAACCUUUGGCACUCCAGAUGUUUUGGACUACACCUUCCAUGAUGCUUUGCCAGCAUUAUGGAUGUUAGAGCAUUAUGGGGGUUGUAGUCCACAACAUCUGGAAUGCCGAAGGUUGCCUCCCUCAGUUCUAUGCUGUCUGUGCCUGAUUCUGCAGGAAAAUAAUCUAAGUUCUUGAUAUAAAUUUAUGUGGCUUGUGUUUACAUGUCUUUCUUACUUAAGCAAUGCUCACUCUAUCCUUGACAUUCUGAAGUCUGGUUUCUGCUUCCUCCAUUCCACUGAAACUGCCAUUACUAAAGACCAUUACUAGUGACAGUGUAUGUGUAUCUGGAAUUGUGUAUAUAUAUGUAUCCUGGAAGAGUGUAUGGGUAUACCUGCUAAUGUGUGUGGCAAGGAUCGUGUAUGUAGUCAUGGGUCCCAGCCACUUUUUUUAAGGGGCCCUGAGAUUUCUAAUGGCAGGCUUGGCACUUCUGUCGGCUACACCCACACCCACACCUUUUCUUAUCAUUAUAUUGGCUUAAGUGUUAAUUUUGUCGACCAACAAUUUUAGUCGGAUUUUAGACGACUAACACUUAAACACUUCAGUUGACUAAAAAACUAAAUUGAACUUUGCCUGUAAAAUGAACACUGGCGGGUAAAACACAUGGUGGAGGGAGGAGAAGUAAUGAGACAAAUGGGGGGCUGAGGAAAUGAGACACAUGGAAAGCAAGGGGGAGACAGAGACAAGGAGGGGCUGGAGAAGGGGCAAAAGAGACAGAGACUUUAACUAAACCCAUUAGAUUUUAGUUGUGUUGACUAAAACCUACUGAAGAUUUAGUCGACUAAAACUAGACGAAAACUAAAACAAUUCAGAUGACUAAAAUAUGACUAAAACUAAAAUGGCUUUUUAGUCAAAAGAUUAUGACUAAAACUAAAUUUAAAUUUGCCGACCAAAAUUAACACUGGUUGGCUUCCUGAAUCUUUCAGGAUGCAAUUCCAACUGUUAACGCUAACCUACAAAGCGCUCAAUAAUUAUACUCCCCAGUACAUUACCUCUUUACUCACUUAUAUACCCCUUCUCAUUCCCUUUGCUCAGCAAGAGACCUUCGCCAAUUGUCUACUUAUCUACACAUUCUGCUGCUUACUCUCAUCUGCAGAAUUUUUCAAAGGCUGCCCCAUUACAAUUACAAUCAAUUAAUCCUAACAAAAUAUGUAUUGACAUGUGAAAAAGUAGUUAAAAAGUACCCCAUUCCCAUGGAAUUCCUUACUCCGUACCGGUAGACUCUUCUCUAGCCUCCAGCCAUUUAAGAAGUUACUGAAAACACACCUCUUUAGGAAAUCCUACCAUCUUCCUGGGGGACACUUCUCCAAUUAGAAGUGCCCUCUGCAGUUCCCUCACUUCCAUAGCCCAGCUCAGUCUCUCUCCUACAACGGUCUACACGCUACUAGCUUAUUUCGACACAGACAUACAUCAAUCCCUCCACCUCUCUGACUUGCUCUUCUUCCUCUUGGAUUGUAAACUUGUAUAAAUGUGGCCUUUUUUAGAUAUAUUCUGUAUGUCAAAUACUGACAAAUACCCCAUUCACUAACCGAACUAAUGUAUCAGCAUGUUCUGGAGGUGUCUGUAUUCCCUGGGGUGUACUAUUCUCUCCAUUCUUCUUUAUAUCACUGCUUGUUAUAGCUAUGUACUGAUGUUCUGUAUUACUUUAGCAACACGUUUACCAAUGUACUGCUAAUAUAUUACUCUUGAGCUAGGAAUAAUUGCACUGUAGACACACACUUUAUUUUCUGUAGAAAACAGAAAAAGUGUUUGCUCAUAAUUACCCAACAUUGCCUGAUACUUCAAGUUAAAUCCAGCGCUUUAAAAAACAGGUCUAAGUUGCCACAAUCACCAAUCCUAUUUAGCAUUCAUUUAUUAUGCUACACUACUUACUACACUAUCAUGUCAUUAAAGGUAUUAUUUCUCUCUCAGUAUUACAGGGGGCCAGUGGUUAAUGAUGAAACGGUGCUAACAUGAGACCCAGGGCUUUUCAGGAUUUCAUUCGGUUCUCCAGGCAUGGUUCUGGAGCAGCCUUAUUGACAGUUACUAAAUCAAGCCCAUGAUUAAAUCCACACGUGAAUACUGUGGGUGAAAGUCUUUUUCUAUACCAAACAUGAAUUCAUCUAACCAUAAAUAAUGCCCCAAAUAAUUUGCAAAGUACUAUAUCACAUUAAAGAGUACCUGCUAUGACAAAUAUAACUUAAUCCUAAAUGACAGAAAAUCCAAUUUCAUCUAUACAUUGUACUAGCUGAAUUUCUAUCAAAUGUUUAGAUUCUUCUAAAAUCGGAGGUUAAAAAAACAGCCACUUCCCACCAUCUCUCAGUCAGUUCUAUCUGUGCAGAACCUGUCCCAAUUAGCACAGCGAUAAGAAGUCUGUGCUCUGCAUGUUUAUCAUCAGAGAAACUCUCCUCACGUGGAAUUAGGGAAGAGGGGGAGGCUCUGUGUGAGAGCAGCAUGAGAAAGGAGAGAAACAGCCAUAAUGAUUUAUUGUAGCACAUUUGGACAGACUAUCUGAUAAUGGAGAGAGAGAACAUAUACAUUUUAUCUAAAUAAAGCCAACAUAAAGUGUGCAAGUCUAUGCUUCCAUAUAUUUCCCAAACAGGGGUAUACAGGUAUACAGCAAGUGUAGCACCCACUAAAAACAUAAUUGAUGCUUUCAGAGGGAGACACAGGAAAUGGAAAUAAAUUAAAAUAUGAGCUUUUAAUAGUAUUAAAGGAAGAAACACUUAAUUGUGUAAUAUGAGUCAAGCCAGAUGGUUAGAACUGCAAACCUAUAUCUGUCAUGACAGGUUCACUUUAAGAGAUUUGGAAAAAGAUCAUAGUAUUGACUUUAAAAUUACCUGUAUAUCUUAAUGAUCUUCACUUAUAGCUGUAUCUAUCUAUAUGAAUUCUGUAAUUGUUCAAUUAUUAAUGUUAUGUGUUCAAGUUAAGUCACCAGUACAUGUAUCCAAAACUGAACCUUGAGAAGUGGUUAAAGUCUAGUAGAAAAGAGAGACAUACCAGUAAUUAUGCAUUUUCUUAAAUUUGUAUUUUUAGUGUAUAAUGUAAUUAGGACCGAUAAAACAGAUACCUUGACGUGGCCAGGGUGGGAAGUCAAAAUGUAUGGUACUAGAUCAAAUUAACCCCUUAAGGACACAUGACAUGUGUGACAUGUAAUGAUUCCCUUUUAUUCCAGAAGUUUGGUCCUUAAGGGGUUAAAGGUCAUCCAACAAAAACAACACAUCAAGAAGCUAAGAAUAUUUUUUUUGUUAUACUGCAAAACAUUAAAUGAAGACUAUACCAUUAGAAUUACAAACAUGUACUUCUAACACUUUAGUGUCAUGACAUCUAUUUAGGUUCCUCCUCCCCGUGAGCCCUUGUUCUGCUGGUCUCCACGAUCAUGCUCACGAUCAUGUGCACGAUCAUGUAGAUGAUAUUAGUCAAUUUAAUGUUUCAUUGAGAGGCUCAUGCACAUGUGCAGCAAAAGACUCUAUGAGACCAUCUUAUUGAAUAACCGAGUUUAACUUGACUAUUGGGGUGGAAGUGCCUCUAGUGGAUUUCAGGAAUACAGACUCUAGAGGCAUGUUAACCUUACAUUAUAAACAUUGCCUUUCCUAUAAAACAGCAAUGUUUUCAGUUGCAGGGUUAAGCAGACAGGGACAUGGUACCCAGACCACUUCAUUGAGCUAUAACAUCCAUUUAAGGAAUUAUUCAUACACAAACAGGAUAUGCAAGUAUCGAAAAUGACGUUACAUCUCAAUGAUAUCAAACAAAUUAUAGAAUGGGAUAAUGUCCACUGUCCUUGAUAUUACUUUCUUCUUUCUCUACUGCCUCCAGGAAGUUGGAUGCCUUCAUUUAUGAUGCUGCAGUACUAAAUUAUAUGGCAGGAAAGGAUGAAGGGUGCAAGCUGGUAACUAUUGGAAGUGGGAAGGUUUUUGCAACUACAGGAUAUGGGAUUGCACUACAAAAGAAUUCACGCUGGAAGCGUCCCAUUGACUUGGCUUUGCUGCAGUUCCUGGGAGAUGGUGUGUAAUUCUACUAUAAUAUAUACACUAAUUUUCUGUAAAUGUUAUAGUUGUGUAGUUUUUUCUUUCAAGACUAAUGUUUUCACUGUUAAACCUGGAUUCCGUUCUCGUAUUUGUUGCCGUGAUAGAUUUUGGGUGAGUGAUUAGCUGAUUUUUCUUGUAGGAGACACUCAGAGGCUGGAGACUGUAUGGUUAUCUGGAAUCUGUCAAAAUGAGAAGAAUGAGGCAGUGAGCAGCAAGUUGGACAUUGAUAACAUGGCUGGAGUCUUUUACAUGCUACUGGUGGCAAUGGGACUAAGUCUUCUGGUCUUUUCCUGGGAGCACUUGGUGUACUGGAGGAUGAGACACUGUGUGAAGAGCAAAUGUGGGGAGCACGGACUUCUGGGCAUCAGCCGGGUGAGAAUGGGAGGAUAGCAAUUUUAUGUUGCUUAAUUGUAAUAUUUAGACAAGAAAUAAAAGACAGUCUAGGUGCAACCAGAGUAGUGUUAAAUAUUUUUGUUCAGAAGAGGUAGAAUGAGAGCGUGACAAUGAUAAAUUAAGAUCUACCUGACAGUGUGAGAAAAAAAAAAGAAAUGAUUCUGUCUGCCAAUAGUUAGAAAGCCAUUUGGGGCUAUUAGAUACACCAGAUCACUUUGACAAUGGUGUAAAAUGGUGUAUAAAGGAACACAACUAACAUUCUACAUUGUAGUGAAUUAGGGAUAACAACAGAUGAGAUGGAUUUGGGAACUAUUUUAGACAACAAACUAGGCAACAAUAUGCAAUUUCAAUCUGCAUUUGCUAAGGCCAGGAAGGCCCUAAGUAUAAUAGGUGCAUUAAUUCCCAGGAUGAAAAUAUAAUUUUGCCUCUUUAUAAAUCACUAGUAAGACCACAUCUUAAAUAUGCUGUGCAAUUUUGGGCACAUGUUCUAAAGAAAGAUAUUAUGGUACUAGAAGAAGUGCAGAGGCCGGCUACAAAAUUAAUAAAAAGGAAUGAAGCAUUUUAGCUAUGAAGAAAGGUUAACAAAUUUAAAACUCUUUAAUUUAGAAAAAUGUUGCCUGAGAAGGGAUAUGAUAACAUUAUACAAAUACAUCUGGGGUCAAUACAAACCAUUGUCUGGAAAUCUAUUCACGAACAGAACUAUACAUAGGACUCAAGGUCAUGCAUUUAGACUGGAAAAAAUUAAAUUUAGUCUAAGGCAGUGGUUCCUAACCCAGUCCUCAAGUACCUCCUAACAGUCCAGGACUUAGGGCUCACCCAGUUGUGUCCAAGGUGUUUUUAGAAAAAAAGAAAGAAAGAAAACACUUUAGACACAACAAGGUAAUUUUUUUUUUAACCUUAAAAACAAUAAGUAUUUGGAAUUCUCUGCCUGAAUAUGUGGUUUUAUCAGAGUCUGUGCAGAUCAGGGGCGGGCUGGGCUGGGGGGAAGGGAGGCAAUUGCCCCCGAGGCCGCCCUAAAUUAUUUUAAGACCGGCCGCUGCAGGGCCGGCCCUUUAAAUGCUGUAGCCGCCUGAGCGCUCUGUUAAGAGCCUCAGGCGGCUGCAGUUGCUUCUCUCCUAAGAAAGAGGGGAGAUAAGAAAAAGAGGGGGUAAGAAGAAGAAGGGGGGAGUAAGAAGAAGAAGAGUGGGGAGUAAGAAGAAGAAGAGGGGGUAAGAAGAAGAAGAAGGGGUAAGAAGAAGAAGAGAAGAGGGGGGGUAAGAAGAAGAGGGGUAAGAAGAAGGGGAGAAGAAGAAGCAGGAGGAGUAAGAAGAAGUAGGAGGGGGAAGAAGAAGAAGGGGAGUAAGAAAAAGAAGAGGGGAGUAAGAAGAAGAAGAGGGGGGUAAGAAGAAGAGGGGGUAAGAAGAAGGGGGGAGUAAGAAGAAGAAGGGGGGAGUAAGAAGAAGAGUGGAACAAUAAGAAGAAGGGGGGAGUAAGAAGAAGAAGGGGGAUAAGAAGAACAGGUGGGGGAGUAAGAAGAACAAGGGGGGUGAGAACACAUGGAGGGGGGGAGUGAGAAGAACACAGGGAGGGUGGAGGGGGGGAUGAGAAGAGCACAGGGAUGUCUGUGAAAAGAGACUGCUAGGGGAGGGUGGGGGAGAGGAGAGACCACUAAGGGGCAGGGGAGAGCUCUAAGGGACAGAAGGGACAGCUCUAUAGGACAGGGGGCAAGACAGGGAGCUCUUUCACACUACGUGCACACACACACACAAUGCAUCCCUAUACAUACACAGAAACACACAGUGCAUCCCUACACACACAGAAACACAACAUGCUUCCCUUACACACAGAGAAACACACAAUGCAUCCAUUACACACACAAUGCAACCCUUACACACAAAGACAAUGCAUCCUCUGCACACAUACACAGAAACACACAAUGCAAACCCUUACACACACAUGCAAACACACACAUUGCUUUUCUUACAUACACACAGAAACACAAUGCAUCUCUUACACUCAAUGCACACACAUGCAGACACACACCUUGCAUCCCUUAUGCAUACAAACACAAAUUCACACAAUGCAUCCCUUACGCACAACCAGAAACACAUAAUACAUCCCUUAUACACAAAUACACACUGCUUCCACUACACACAAACACACUGCAUCACCUACACAAACUGGUAUCCCUAUACACUACAUACCAUAAGCACACAUAUAAGAUCCUCUACAAUAACACAUAACACAUCCCCUACACACUCCACUCCCUGUGAGCGAAGUCAUGGGUGGGUGGAACAUAUAAGUGGAUUUAUGAGUGGGCCUUGUGCGCAUACUCACCGUCAGGCCCUGGGGCCCAGACCUUGAGCUGUGUAAGGGGCCCCCAAAAAAUGGAGCUGCUUCCAAUUCUCCCAGAACAUUGAAUUUUGUGACCACAGUUGCAAACAGCCUCCAGAUAUCCUGUUCUACACCAGACCAGUAGAGCCAAACUGCAGCCCAUCAUCAUCCUCAUCUGGUUGUAAGUAGGCAAUCUAGUAUAUUAUUAGUGACACUAAUCUAUAAUUUACCUCAUUAAAGGGACACUAUAGCUUAAUUAAGUGGUUCUGGUAUCUAUAGCCGGUCCCUGCAGGCUUUUUAAUGUAAACACACACUGUGUGCAGCACUGCGUUAGUUCAUAUGGCAGAUCAUAUGGUUGGGGCAUUGUGAUGUCACAUGGGGGGGGCGGCAAAUUUUUCUUUUGUCUAGGGCGGCAAAAAUCCUUGCACCGGCUCUGAUCCUGGUCAGGUGCACCAGUCUACUGGUGACCCACAGGAGGGGAGUGCACUGAUUGCACUGCACUCUCCUCCUGCCCAGACCCGUCUUUACCGCAGUGCAAGUGCCCUCUGCCCCAAUUUACAGUGGCUCACACUCACAACAUGCAGUGCCUUGAGCCCUUUACAGAGAUGGGAACAAAGAGGUUCUGCGGCAGCUGGCUGUCCUGCAAGCAUUACAUUAACCAGCUGUUCCCCAUGCAGCCACCGGUGGCACUGUGCUGGGAGAAUGUGAUUACUCUUCACUUCCUCCCAGCCUACAGAGCAGCGCAUGGGAGAGAGAGAGGAGGCAUGAUUUAAUCUUACAACAAAUCCACUAAGCAAAUCUUUAUAAAUUUGGGGGGAUCAGCUCUGUUUCCACAGUUUAUUGGUGUUUACUCUGAUGUCUGUAUUAAUAUUGAGGGAUUUCUAAGUAGUAACAUCAGUGUGUGUCAGCAGGGCCAGCCGUUGGGGUGUGCACGCUGUGCGGUCACGCAGGGUGCCAUGACAACAGAGGCGCUCGGCGGCCAACACAGCUCACAAGUUGGGUACACCAGCAUAUUCAAUUUAAACGAUUCGCUGGUGGUCCACUGGUGCGCACCGGCAGUAGGUGCAGUCAGAUCAUAUCCUCUCCCUCGUGGUUCCGGCGCUCAGUUAGUGAGUCAGAGCACAGGCUCAGAGAUUCUCAGCCUGCUCUCUGACAACAUUGAAAGUCAGAGUCGUGAAGCAGCGGGUAUGGCAAAGAGCUACUGAUUAGCCUAACAUCAAUAUCCGUUCUAAAACCAGGAAAAGGUGGGCAUGGAUGGUGAACUGAUUUGGUGGUGAAAUGGGCCACUUGAUUGGUUUUGCCCCCCAGGCCUAAGGCUGCCAGCCCUCCCCUGGUGCAUAUGUUUAAAGGACCCCUAUAGGCACCCAGACCACUUCAGCUCAAUGAAGUGGUCUGGGUGCUAGCUCCCCCUAGUUUUAACCCUGCAGCUGAAAACAUAGCAGUUUCAGAGAAACUGCUAUGUUUACAUUGAGAGUUAAUCCAGCCUCUAGUGGCUAGAGACCCUUCCGCGAUCCUCAAUGUGAAAAUCACAUUGAACUCACGCUGGACGUCCAUAGGAAAGCAUUGAGUAAUGGUUCAAAAAGGGUCAAAAGGGAUUUUUCUUUACUAGUUUGUUGCAAAAUUAGAAGUGAUUCAAACUGGGUAAUUUUUCUUUCUUUUGGAUCAACAGCAAAAUACAGAUGUAAGGAAGGCUGAACUUGAAGGCUGAACACCUUUUUUUCUUCAGCCUAUGAAGCUAUUUCCUUGUGGUGGUCAAAAGAUCUGCUUUCAGAGAUCUAUCUUUCUUGAUAAUUAUUAAUUCUCCCAGUAGGCCUAAUAUAUUUAGUGUUUAGUUUUUUAUUUUGUUGUUUCUUUUGCUUAAUUUUUCCUUCUUUGUCACUCUUUUUCUCACAGGGAAUUUACAGUUGCUUCCGGGGUGUUCAAAGUCCAUCAUGUGGCCUUAGAUGCCCAGACCCUGAUGUUACAGGAACACCAGUUCCAGUGAAUGUUCUGAGAGUUCUGGAAACAGCUAAAAAUCUUGUGUCAUCUUCCAGGGUGGAAGGAUCUCUUGAGAAUGCUUCUCAUGCUCUUCGCACGUGGAGAAAAAGGAGUGAGAAUCUGCAGACUGCUUUCACUCUGCAGGAACCUCAGCAAUUAUUACAAACCACUGGCUCUCACAGUGAGACCCUGAUUAAACCGGUAAAACCAACAACCCACACACCAACUCUACACUUCCCUCUCCCUUAUUCAUCACAAUUUUGUCAGAAUACAAAACCUCUGCUGCAAGAUAGUGAUCAACAGUCUAUAGAGGUGAAUUGUCUCCUUCCUCAGGAGACAACUGAUCGAGUUUCCACCAUUUCACAGAAUGGAAGUAUUCGAGAGAUUGGAUUGAUACCUGGCCGAGAACACCACCAUUCUUCCCAAGUCAUGGGUAAAAGAUGGAAAUCAUUACAAAGACCUCCUAUUUUGAUUCAGACAGGGGCACCGCCACACUGCAAAACAUGGUACCAACCACCCCAUGUAGGUUACACAAUCAAGCCACUUCUUUUUAGUGAUUCUCAUUGCAGCGAGGAUUCAGGACAGCAUUUAAAUUGUGAAAGACUCCACCAGUGCUCUCUACCAUCUUCACAAGUUUGCCAUGUUUGUAUAAGUAAAAUUCAUCCCAGUGACUGCAGAGGGGGGAGAUGGCUCACGCCUGAUAUACAUAAAUCCCCCCACGCUGAGGCAUGUUAUAGAGGAACGGUCUCCAAACUCUCAGUGCCUCCUAGUGUUACCCACAGAGACUAUCACACUACCAGAACCAUAGCAUCUUUAGGAAGGACUGCAUGCUACACACAGGGGACCAGAAAUAAGUACCCCACCACUUCACUACCAGGGACAUUUAGAAGUGAAAGUACAAGAGGUAAUUAUACUUCUGAGACACGAAGAAGAAUCAGCUGGGAGUCAGAGGUGUGA